GGCGAAGCAACCGAGAACCGAGAGGACGGUCGGCCAAUGAGACACCAGGCUGGCGAUGACGUCGUCGUUGUCUCACGUCCGAGUCUCACCAAAAGUCUUCUCCGGGUACCAGUUCGUCCGCGGUCUCCCGGCUGGACGAGGAGGUCGUCCUUUCCGCAUCACCAUCGUGUGGUCGUCGUCGUUUUUUUUUUUAGUUUCUUCCCUCGCGCAGUGAAAUACAAAUUCAGCCAAGAUUGCAUCCUGGAUACGCGGAGGGAUUGAGGCGGAAGGAGGCUGCUGCUGUCAGCCAUGGGGACGGCAAAGAUGAAACAUCUUUGGCCGUUGCUGACGUGGAUACUUCUAUCUUCGUAUCCGGUCGAAUCUCGUAAAGGACUCGGCCAUGGAUCGAGGCGAGAGGUAUUCUUCCUGAACCUCGAGGACGGCUACUUUGGCUGCCAAGUCAACGAGUCGACGGACGUCCUUCAGCUGCUCGAGCUGUCGAAGCUCUGUGACCAUCGGGUCGACUGCUUUCAGGGCGCGGACGAGCAGCGCAACAGGUUAAAGUGCACAGACGAUUGUACAAAAGAAGACGGCACCAAAUGUCAAAACGGUGUCUGUCUGGAUUCGGUCUGUCACUGUAACGAUGGGUUUGGAGGAUGUAAUUGUCAAGUUCCAGACGAGAACGAGUGUAAAUAUCGGCCCUGUGAUAUAUUUGCCCACUGUACAAAUACUCUUGGCAGCUUUCAAUGUUCCUGCUUUCCCGGAUACCGAGGCGAUGGCUUUCAUUGCGAGGAUAUCAACGAAUGCGACGACCCAGCGAUCGCCGGGCGUUGCGUCCAGAAUGCCGAAUGUUGCAAUCUACCCUCAAACUUCUUGUGCAAGUGCAAAUCCGGUUAUAUCGGCGACGGUGAGGUGCACUGCGAGGACGUGAACGAGUGCACGAUACCAGGUGCGUGCGGCGACAAUACCGCGUGCCACAACACACCCGGCAAUUAUACCUGCGCGUGUCAAGAUGGAUUCACGGGAGACCCGUUCAACAGUUGUAUCGAUAUUGACGAAUGCAAAUACGAGGGUGCCUGCGGAAGGGGUGCGUUAUGCGUGAAUGUACCAGGCGCGCAUAAGUGCGAGUGUCCUAACGGAUACGACGGAAGUCCCGAAGAGGAGUGCAGGGAUGUCGACGAGUGCCUGAGGAGUCCUUGCGGGCGUUCCGCUCUCUGCACGAACGUACAUGGUAGUUUCCGAUGUUCUUGUCCCGAUGGAAUGAACGGUGACCCGAUGGCAGGUUGCCACGAUGUGAACGAGUGCGAGGAAAGUUCGCCCUGCGGUGCGGAGUCGGAAUGCGUAAACACCGAGGGUAGUUUCGAGUGUAGAUGCCACGCCGGCUACCGGAUGGACCCCGCGCACGGUUGCAUCGACGUGAACGAGUGCGUCGGCGGGGAUGCUUGCGCGGCCAAUGCGAGGUGCAUCAACGUCCCGGGCUCGUAUAAAUGCAUCUGCCCCCCGGGUUUCGUCGGUCAGGGACUAACCCGCUGCGAAAACGUGAAUGAAUGCGAGCGCAACCCCUGCGGUGAGAACGCCGAGUGCAUCGACACGAUCGGCAGCUUCGUCUGCAGCUGCAAGGCGGAUUACACCGGCGAUCCUUUCAAGGAGUGCAGCGAUAUCGACGAGUGCGCGGCUUUGGAGAAUCCUUGUGGUAGAAACGCGAUCUGUAAGAACGAGGAGCCUGGUUACAACUGCCUCUGUCCGCCGGGGUACAGUGCCAGCUCCAGCCCGGCAGCCGCAUGCGAUCAGACCGACGUGACGACUCUCUGCAAAUCGAAUUUCGACUGUGUCAACAAUGCCGAAUGCAUCGAGGGACAGUGUUUCUGCAAGGAUGGCUUCAAGGCCGUCGGUGCUGAAUGCGUGGAUCUGGACGAGUGUCUCACUAAUCCUUGUGGGCCGGCGUCGAUCUGCACGAACACCAGGGGAAGCUACCAUUGCGAGUGUGAGUCUGGAUUUGUUGGCACUCCGCCCCACAUACCGUGUAAAGCACCAUGCGAUGAGGUAACUUGCGGCGAACACGCCUUCUGCAAGGCUGAUGGUCACGAAGCUUAUUGCAUUUGCGAAGAUGGCUGGACCUUCAAUCCAAACGAUAUUGCGGCUGGAUGUGUUGACAUAAACGAAUGCGAUGCGAUAAACGGACCUUCCGGAAGAUGCGGCAGAAAUGCCAUUUGCACGAAUACACCUGGCGGCUUCAGUUGCCACUGUAAACUCGGAUACUCAGGAAAUGCCUUCAAGCAGUGUAUAGAUAUCGACGAAUGUACCAAAUCUGAUGUUUGCGGGCACGGAGCAACAUGCACCAAUACUGAAGGUUCUUACAAGUGCACUUGUCCGAAAGAAACCAUACCGGAUCCUGAUCCUUACAUUAAGUGUGUUGGCAUAGUCAGAUGCGAAGUUGACGACGAUUGUCCAGGAAAUGCUAUUUGUGAUCCACAAAAGAGAUGCUUGUGUCCCGAGCCCAACGUCGGAAAUGACUGCAGACAUCCAUGCGAGGACCUGUCUUGCGGACCCAAUGCGCAUUGCAUGCUCUUAAACGACGUAGCGACGUGCCUCUGCAGCAAUGGCUACACCGGAAAGCCCGGGGUGAAGGACGGUUGCCGAGACAUCGACGAGUGCGCGAUAAACCCGUGCCCUCCGGGCGCAAUCUGCAACAACGAGCCUGGUUCCUUCUCGUGUCAGUGUCCGAGUGGCAUGAUGGGCGAUCCUUACAGCGGCGAUUGCCAGGAAUCUAAAACACCUCACGUGUGUGGCCCCAGUGCGCCCUGCCCCGCUGGAGAGCAGUGCAUCAAGGACGAAUUCGUGGGCAGCAGCGUAUGCAUCUGCCAACGCGGCUACACACGCGACCACGAGACCGGUAAAUGCAGGGACAUUAACGAGUGUAUGGAGCUGAGAGAAAAGCCCGCUUGCGGUGUCAAUGCAAUUUGUAAGAAUCUCCCUGGCAGCUACGAGUGUCAGUGCCCGCCGGGCUUCAACGGAAACCCCUUCUCGCUUUGCGAAGAAUGCAACAGCAUCGAAUGCCAAUGUCAACCGCCAUACAAGAUUGUCAAUAAUAAAUGUAUGCUGGCCGGAUGCUCGAAAGGUGAAAAGUGCCCAAGUGGUGCCGAGUGCAUAACGAUUGCCGGCGGUGUCAGUUAUUGCGCCUGUCCUAAGGGAUACACGACCAAGUCCGAUGGCUCCUGCGAAGAUAUAAAUGAGUGUAUCGUGGGUCACCAAGUCUGCGGUUACGGUGCCGAGUGUAUCAAUCUACCAGGUUCUCAUCAGUGCGUGUGCCCGCACGGAUACGGCGGCGAUCCGUACAACGGGCUGUGUUCUCCGGCGCAGAAAAGAUGUACCAACGACAACGAAUGUAAGGCCAACGAGAAGUGCGUGCAGCCUGGAGAGUGCGUGUGCCCACCGCCGUUCUACACAGAUCCUUUAGAUGGAAAUCUUUGCAAGAAUCCUUGCGAUCGUUUCCCGUGCGGUAUUAACGCAAGGUGCACGCCGAGCGAUCCGCCUCGGUGCAUGUGCGAGGCUGGCUUCGAGGGUGACCCGCAGCACGGAUGUAUCGACGUGAACGAAUGUGCGAAUAAUCCUUGCGGACACGGUGCAUAUUGCAUUAAUACCAAAGGAGACCACACAUGCGAGUGUUCUAAAGGUAUGAUCGGUGAUCCUUACGGUGUCGGCUGUACUGGAGUCCCGACCGGCAAGAGUGAGUGCUCGUCAAACGACGAUUGCGAGAAUUACUUAGCAUGCGUCCAAGGGAUUUGCGUCAACCCCUGCGACAACGUACCCUGCGGACCUAAUGCCUACUGCGAGCCCGAUAAACACGCGGCAUGGUGCAGAUGUGUCAUUGGGUUUACGGAAGGCAAGAAUAACGAAUGUGUCUCACAAUGCGACGGUUUUGUUUGUGGCACCGGGGCUCAAUGUAUCGUUAGCUACGAUGGGCCGACUUGUAAGUGCAUCGAAGGUUUCAUGGGCAAUCCUUUCCCUGGCGGACAGUGCGUUCCAGAUAUUUGCUCUCCUGAAAUUCCAUGCGCCGAGCCGAGCGUGUGCAUCAGUGGACGUUGCAAACGGCGCUGCGAAGGAGUGAUUUGUGGCAUUGGAGCCAUGUGCGAUCCAUUAACGAAUAAAUGUGUAUGCAACCCUUACUUCGUCGGCAAUCCCGACCUGCUCUGUAUGCCACCCAUUCAGCCACCGCACUGCGAUCCAUUCUGUGGGAGAAAUGCGCACUGCGAGUACGGCCUUCAAGAAUCGAAAUGCGUUUGUCAUCCUGGUACCAGCGGGAAUCCUUAUCACGGUUGUGGCGUUCAAGAAAAGUCCGAUUGUUCUACUGCGGUGUGCGGGAAAGAUGCGCACUGCAACGCGGGUCCAAACGCCGUCGAGUGCCUCUGUCCAUCUGGCUUCGCUGGCAAUCCAUACAUUCAAUGUUUCGACAUCAAUGAGUGCAACGGAAAUGCAUGCGGCAGCAAUGCGGUGUGCAUCAACACCCUCGGGAGCUACGACUGUCGUUGCAAGGACGGCUUCUUCGGUAAUCCAUUUGUCGGAUGUCAACAAGUACAAGUGGGGCCGUGCGCUGAUCCUUCGACCUGCGUUUGCAGCAACGCUGUACCAUGUCCCUUCGAUUAUACCUGCGUCGAUCAUAAGUGCAUAAAUCAGUGCAGCGAUAUAAAAUGUGGUCCUAGAUCCGUCUGUCAGACUGGAGUGUGCAUAUGUCCGCCCGGCUACAGCGGUAACCCCAACGACCUGCACAAAGGUUGCCACUUGCACGGGCAUUGCUCGAAUGAUCUUGAAUGCGAGCCGCAGGAGAUUUGUUUCCAGAUCGGCAAAGGCGUCCGCAAGUGCGUGGACGCGUGCAGCAAACUGCAAUGCGGACCUAACGCGCUAUGCAUCACGCAGAAUCACGUGUCCUCCUGUUUGUGCAUUGACGGUUACCAGGGAAAUCCGAGUAAUCUAGUCGAGGGUUGUCAGCCGUCCAAGUCCGUCAUAUCUGGAUGCGCACACAAUUCGGAUUGUCCGCCAGGUUCCUUCUGCAUCACCCUGGACGGCGGUGUGUCUGACUGUGUGAAUCCUUGCAGCAAAGUGGUGUGCGGCGCCUAUCAGAAGUGUGAACCCGACAUCGUGCCCGGUCACGCCACUUGCAAGUGCCAGGACGGCUAUGAAUGGAAUCCGGUACUGUCGUCCUGCGAGAAGCCGUCAGUGCCCGAUUGCAUAAGCGACGACGACUGCCACACGAGCGAGGGCUGCAGACCGGACGCGCUCGGUGUGUUGAAGUGCGCAUCGCUUUGCGAUGGCUUCACCUGCACCGUGAAUUCCCGCUGCGUGACGGAGAACCAUCACGGCCGUUGCGAGUGUCUGCCGGGCUAUUCCGGCAAUCCGAAUGAUCGUCGGGGCUGCCACAGCCCGCGCGAGAACCGUUGCUCCACCGACAGCGAGUGCGCGGAGGAUCAGACGUGUCGCAGUACCCCGGAUGGCCCGCUCAUUUGCCAACUGGUCUGCGACUUCGUCACAUGCGGACCCAACGCGCUCUGCGUCGUCAAUAACCACGUGGCGAAUUGCGAGUGUCCGCCCGGGCAAUACGCCGGCGAUCCGAACGACUCGGCGUCCGGGUGCCGCGCAGUGCCCUGCGUCUACAACAUCGACUGCCCGCCGACCCAGCUCUGCAACCGGCUCACGCACACCUGCUACGACGCCUGCGACGAGAACGCGUGCGGCGUGAACGCGGUUUGCAUCGCGGACGAUCACAAAGCGAUCUGCCAGUGCCCACCUGGGCUCCGUCCGAACCCGGUACCCGACGUCGAGUGCGUCGCCGUGGAGGCAUGCCAUCCGGACUCCUGCCAUCCGACAGCGCUCUGCGUCGCCGGUCCGACAAAUAAUCCGGUGUGCCGAUGCCCGCCGAAUCACGUAGGCGAUCCUUACGUGAACGGCUGCCAACCAGAGGGGCACUGCUCCGGCCCCAAGGAUUGCCCGAUCCAUUCCGUUUGCCACGAGCAUCGCUGUGUCAAUCCGUGCGAGGACGCGUGCGGUCCCAAUGCACUCUGCGAAAUCGUCAACGGUCAACCGAGCUGCAGGUGCAUCUCCAGAUUCGUGCCGUCCUCGAGGGGUCCGGAACACGGCUGCGUGCGGGGCACCAAUUACUGCACGGUGGACGCCCAAUGCGACGACAGCGUCUGUCUAGAUGGACAAUGCAGAGCUGUGUGUCGUUCAAUCGCUGAUUGCUCGGAUGGAGAAAAAUGUAUCAAUAACAAAUGUGUGGUGUCCUGCAUCGCGCAUUCUCAGUGCCUAGUAGAUCAGGCAUGUGUUAACGGAGGAUGCAUCCUUGGCUGUCGUAGUAAUAAGAACUGUCCGACUACUGAAUCGUGUAUCCACAACAAGUGUCAAGAUCCUUGCAGUAGAAAAGACGUGUGCGGACCAAAUGCGAUUUGUAGUUGUGCGAAUCACGCAAUCACGUGCACAUGUCCCCUCGGUUUUCACGCCAAUCCCACCCCGGAGCAAGGUUGCGUUCGAGUGCCAAAUGUGUGCCAAACUCCGCAAGACUGUCCCAGCCAGCAUCUGUGCGUCUCAGGAUUAUGCCAGUGUCAGUGCUCGGAGCAGAAUAAUUGCGCGCAGGGUGAACGUUGCAAGAAUGGCAUUUGCAUGAAGUUAUGUUACGGCGACAGCAAUUGUCUACCCGGCGAAUUGUGUAUCGACGGCACGUGCGAGGCGGGCUGCACCUCUGACGUCGGUUGCAAACGCGACGAAGUGUGCAUUAAGAGCAAGUGCAGAUGCAGCCACGGAUUUAUUGCCGGUCCCGAACAUUGCCUGGACAUCAACGAGUGCGAAGAUCAACCGUGCCAUCCGAGUGCUGAGUGCAUUAAUCUCCAUGGGUCUUACCGUUGCACGUGCCCUUCAGGUACCGCGGGCGACCCUAUAGGAUCAGGUUGCGUGCUGCCGCAUCAGUGUACCACGCAUAGGGACUGUUUUGACACACAGGCUUGCGUUCAACACAACUGCUCAGAUCCGUGCUCUUUCAUCGACUGCGGUUUAAAUACUAUCUGCACUGUUCUGGAUCACGCAGCUGGUUGCCAAUGCCAGCCUGGUUACAUCGGCGAUGCCUCAGGAUGUUUCAAAGUAGAAUGCCUUUCUAACAGUGACUGUCCAACGGAUAAAUAUUGCAACCAGGAAACCAACAAGUGCAGCAGUCCUUGCAAUCAAGUAAACUGCGGAUAUGGUAAUUGCUUAGCCAUCGAUCAUGUUAGCGUGUGUAAAUGUUAUCCUGGCUUUGUCCUUGUCGGCGACAUUUGCGGUGAUGUCAAUGAGUGUUUGCAGAAUCCUUGCCAUCCCUCAGCUACAUGCCAAAACGCCGAAGGAUCGUUUGCUUGUGUUUGCCCGCACGGUUUAGUAGGGGAUCCAUUCAAAACUGGUUGCAAGCAACCCGGCGAUUGCUUCACAGAUUCAGAUUGUCCAAAUUCAGCCGCCUGCAUCGACAACAGAUGCACUAAUCCGUGUGACGCGCCGGGGAUUUGCGGUAGAAAUGCAGAAUGCCUCGCACGUGACCAUGUUCCGAUCUGUAGGUGUCCCGGACAAACUACGGGAAAUCCGGCAACGGAAUGUAUUCAUCUGGAGUGCAACUACCACAACGACUGCAGUCAGUCAGACGCGUGCUUCGAUCACAAGUGCGUCGACCCCUGCUCUCUUUCGAACGUUUGUGGACAUGGCGCCGAUUGUUCGUCGCUUAAUCAUAGCGCGGUAUGCACCUGCCAACCUGGCGGCACAGGCGAUCCGAAUCUUGGGUGCACUCCGCUGCAAUAUUGCAAGAGUGAUUCACAAUGCGCAACCGGUUCAGUGUGCAACGGAGGGAUAUGCACCGCGCUCUGCGGAAGUACAAGAGAUUGCAUCGGCGAUCAACUCUGUAUCAAUGGCCUCUGUCAGCCCACCUGCAGAAGUAAUUCUAGUUGUCCGGAAUAUCAGUACUGCCAUAAUAACAUAUGUGUUCAAGAAUUACGUUGUGCGUCAGACAACGAUUGCUCGUACGACGAAAAAUGCAUUAAGAAUAAUAUUGGACAGGCGGAGUGUCGCAGAGCUUGCGACGUGAUACUCUGCGGCCGUAACGCCGAGUGCAAGGCCGAUAAUCAUGCCGCGACGUGUUCCUGCAAACGUGGCUUCUUCGGCAACGCUAAAGACGACAAAAUUGGUUGCCAACCUAUCGAAUGUGAAGCCAACGAUGACUGUACACAGGAAAAGAUCUGCGAUUAUCACAGAUGUAGAAUCGCUUGUCUCGCGCACAAUCCUUGUGGCGUGAACGCCAUUUGUACAACGGAGAAGCAUGUCCAAGUUUGUACCUGUCAACCUGGAUACACGGGAGAGCCUACGCGCGCUUGUAAAUUAAUAGAUUACUGCGCGAACGCACCCUGCGCACCGGGCGCAUUGUGCGAAAACACACGGGGGCAUUUCAAAUGCCAUUGUCAACCCGGCACAGUCGGAGAUCCUUAUAAUAGUGGUUGUCAACCGCCGGUAGAAUGCUUGCAGGACGCGGAUUGUCCGCUGACUGCCAAGUGUGUCAACAUCAACAACGUACCGAAAUGCUUCGAUACUUGCGCACGUACCCGAUGUGGUCCAAACGCGGACUGUGUGGCGAGCAAUCAUGCUGCGAGUUGUCAAUGCCGUACCGAUUACGAAGGUGAUCCUAACAAUCUGAGCGUGGGAUGUCGUCCGAGACCAGUGGUCUGCUUGUCACACGUCGACUGUUCAGUGAAUACUUAUUGUUACGAAGGCAUUUGCCGACCAUCCUGUCAAUCGGAUGAGGAAUGUAACUUAUCCGACGUUUGCUUGACCGGGCAAUGCUUAGAUCCGUGUGACGUAAGAGGAGCCUGCGGCAUAAAUGCCGAAUGCAAAGUCAGAAGUCACAUUAAACAGUGUAGCUGUCCACCAGGCUUCACUGGCAAUUCCGAGGUAGAAUGUGUAAGACUGCCAGUGUCCUGUCUCGGAAGUGGGGACUGCAACGAAGGCAAUACCUGUCGUGAGAACGUUUGCUUGCCGGUUUGCACUGUCGACGACAAUUGUGCGCUAAAUGAGAAGUGCAUUCGCGGCAAUUGCUUGCUGACUUGUCGGCUGGACAAUGACUGCUUCCUGGGUCAUAUCUGUCUAAACAACAUGUGCUCGUUCGGUUGUCGCGCCGACGAGGACUGCAACGCGAAUGAGGCUUGUUUAGGAAAUAAGUGCGUGAACCCGUGCGAGGCUACGCCGUGCGGACCCAACGCCAAGUGCACCGUCUUUAACCAGCGUGCCACGUGUUCCUGCCCUACCGGUUUUAUACCAAACCCGACCGCCAAGGUCGCGUGUUUAAGAACUCCGGGUCCGAUCUGUCAGGCUAAUCGGGACUGCGCCGUGGGCACGGCCUGCAUUGCUGGUGUUUGCAUACCCGUCUGCUCGUCCAGCGCAAAUUGUUUGAGCAAUGAAAGAUGCGACAGCUCUGGCAUCUGCAAGUCACUUUGCAGACGGGACGAGGAUUGCAGGAGUGGUGAGAUAUGCGAGGGAUUGGUAUGCAUUUCCGGUUGCCGAGCGGACAUCGAAUGCCAUGAUAGUUACGCAUGUAUAAACAAUCAGUGCAUAGAUCCAUGUUUGUUGACUGAUGCUUGCGGCGUAAACGCCAAGUGUACAACUGUCAAUCACCAAAAGAUCUGCACGUGUCCAUCACCUUUGGUGGGAGACGUCCAUAUUGGAUGCAAGCAGACAUUCCUUCCCUGUGCAUCUGAACUCGAAUGUUUACCAGGGCAAACGUGUUACGGCAGGUCAUGCUAUUCAACGUGCAGAAGUGAUGCGAAUUGCUUGAGCGACGAACGAUGCGACGGCGGCAUUUGUAAAGCGAUAUGCAAUAGCGAUGACCACUGCGUUGCAAAUCAAAUAUGCCACAAUCGCAUGUGCGACAUUGGGUGUCGCAAUGAUAACACGUGUCCAGGCGACGAGUCUUGUAUCAACAACCAAUGCAGAAGUCCAUGCGAAGGUGGCAAAGCGUGCGGAGAAUGCGCGGGCUGUCGCGUAGUCAAUCACGUAGCUCAAUGUAGUUGUCCCGCAAAUUAUUACGGCAACGCGUUAAUCAAUUGCGCCAAGACCAUGAUUCCCUGCGACGGCUCAUGCGAGUGCGACGAGAUCGGUUUUUGCACCACCAGCUGUCAUCAUCAGAAUGAUUGUUCCUGCGGCGAGGUCUGCCAUAGUGGCAAAUGUCGCAUCAAGUGUGACAUCAACAACGCGUGUCCAAAGGGUUACGUAUGCGAUGGAGGUUUGUGCCUCGUCGGAUGUCGCACCCACUCUGACUGCCCGUCAUCAUUGUCAUGCACAAAUGGCCAGUGUGAGAACCCGUGUUCUGCCCACGGAUCACCUUGCGGAAUAAAUGCGCUCUGCCGCGUUUCGAACCAUCGCGCGGUAUGCUUGUGUCCAGAGGGCUACCAGGGUGAGCCGAGUCAGGAGUGUUACCAGCUGGAGUGCCAUCAUGACGACGAUUGCGAGCUGAACAAGCAUUGCAGCGAAUACGGGGUUUGCACAAAUCCGUGUUUACAGCACGGCGUUUGUGGCUUUAAUGCGCAGUGCCGCGUGAUCAGCAGGAAGGCACAGUGCUCUUGCCCACCGGGACAUUUUGGCAAUCCGAAGAUUAAUUGCAAGAAAGGCAAGUCCAUUACAUUUAUUUGCAGACAUUAUUUAUGCGGUGACGAAUGUCUACGAAGACCUUGUGGCAUUAACGCUAAGUGCCGUGAAACUUUGAAUGGUUUCGAAUGCACAUGCGACCCGGGAUGCCACGGCGACCCUCAUCAGGUGUGUCUCUGCGAUGGCGAUCUUUGCAAGGACACUCGUUGCGGCAUCAAUGCAGCCUGUCGAAUUUACAAGAAUCAGCCGCAGUGUUAUUGCCCACCGAAUAAUCCAUCAGGCGAUCCAAUGCACGCAUGUAGUUCAGAUAGAGAUUUAGGAGACUGCCGAACGAAUGGAUGCGGAAAGAACGCAGAGUGCAUUAGGGAUGGAGCCAUAUUCGUCUGCCGGUGUCCACCAGGUACAAGCGGUUCGCCGGAUAUCGAGUGUACAACAGGUAGGAAAAUACGGCCUACUAACUUUUUAACCGAGCCGAUUGGGAACUGCGAAAGGGACAUUCUCAUAUACCCAUGCUUGAUAUUUGCUGAUAUUCACGGGUUGUUAUUUCCUCCUAUUCUGAAAUCUGUGGGGGCUUGUGUUGUAAAUAUCGCUGCUUGCCGUUGUAAUUUCUCUGAGAAGAUGUCUGAUGUUUUGAAAAAGUUUCUUAUAAAUGCUUUUUUCUUUUUUUUUCCUGUCCCACCACCCACGACCCACCGACUCUACACCGACUUGAACACCACUAUCGUGACAAUAGAGCGCGAAUGCACCAGCGACUUAGAGUGCCCCAAUGAAAAAGCCUGCAUAAAUCUACAAUGUCUGGACCCGUGCGCGCUACGCGGUGCCUGUGGAAUCAAUGCCCUGUGCCGAGUGGUUCUGCACAAGCCGCGUUGCUCGUGCCCGCAGUGCUAUAUCGGCAUGCCCCACACGGCCUGUCAUCCAGAUUCUAAAUGCGACACGCUCAAUCCCAAACCUACGCCGAGCAUCGGUUGUUCCUCCGACUACGACUGUCCGGAGAGCCUCUCCUGCCACUCGCAGACAGGCGAGUGCCGCGAUCCGUGUUUGAGUUCUCGGUAUACCUGCGAGGUCAACAAGAGGUGUCAGGUGCGGAAUCACAAACCUAUGUGCGUUUGCAAAUAUGGCUUCGUAGUCAACGAAAUCGGGGAAUUGACCUGCGCUCCUGACACGCUUACCUGCUCGAGAGACUUUGAUUGUCCCUCGAACGCCGCGUGCGUCAAUGGGAAAUGUCAAAACCCCUGUAACGUGCGAAACAAAAGACCGUGCCCGGCUGAUAAAACCUGCGAUGUCCUGGACCACCGUCCCGUGUGCAUUUGCACCAAAAACUGCAAUCCCUCCCUCUCCAUUUGCCUGCGAGACAGUGGCUGCUCUCCAGACUUGGCGUGCCGCAACUAUCGCUGCGUGGACCCAUGCAGAAACUCUACCUGUCCGGCUGAUGCCCCCUGUUACGUGGAGGAGCACAAGCCUAUCUGCAAGUUCUGUCCCCCCGGCUUUGUGCCAGAUACUAAAUACGGAUGCAUGAAAGCAGUUCUUCAUCCCAUGCCCAAGCCAGUUUGCGAGUCCGAUGAUGAUUGCAGUGACGCAGAAGCAUGCGUCGAAAGCUCCUGCGUUGAUCCCUGCAUCAACGGGUGUCAACUGGCAGUUCAGUGUCGGGCUGAAGCACACAGGCCCAUUUGUGGUUGCAAUCUUAACGACAAACAUUGUUCACCUGAUGGUGCAACAACGUUGCGUCCUAUAGAUUUAGAUCACACUUUCGAAACAGUUCACACUACGUUACAAACGUCAGCGGGUACUAGCAUUCCGUCAUCCACACCACCCAUUUCCACUACGGAAAUGCUAACCGUUCUAUACACGGAGGAAAACACGGUUGCUUUAACUGAUGUUACCAGAAAUUUAUUGAAAGAUAUUACUACUCAAACGACAAAUGAAUCAGAUACGACAAUUGUAUCGGCGGAAAUUACCACUGAGUCUCCGGAGCGUACAACCGUAUCUUCGAUAUUAAGCACAACCGAAAUUAAUAUUUCGAAUGGCACUUUGAUUUCAACGACAAACGUUGACGUUUUAGAAAAUAUAACAUCUAGCCCCUCUACUGUUCCAACGUUUGAAAGUACUUUCCCAGUUGAAACUAUUUCAACAGAAUAUACAACAAUAGCACAUACCGUUACUUCCGAAAUCGAACAAACUGUGUAUACUACUCCAACUGUGUAUAGCACAGAAGAGACUGUUACAGAAAAUAUACCUUCUUCUGCUACAAUUGAGACAACGAAGAGUGAAUUUGAAUUUGGCAAUGGAGAAAACGCUACAACGGCAAUAACUGGAACAACUGUUUUUCAAAAUGUCACUGCCACUUCUCCAGUUACAUUCAGUUAUACCGAGCUUACUGAUACUACUGUUUCUAGCGAAAGUACUGAAACAACAGUUUCUAAGACAACGGAAGUAAAUAGCAUUAUUGAAGUUCCUGAGAAUAUAACUGCAGUUCCUACUACAGAAGUUCCUAAUGUAAGUGGUGAAGAAACUUCCACAGUAGCAACUACACAACCAUUUACUACUACGCAAUAUUCUACUAUCACAGAAUUAACAGUAAAGCCAUUACAAGAAAUCACUGAAACACAUAUGGAAAGUACCACUAGCGCAAUGACUACCACGACAUUUUUAACGCAGGUAGAUCAUACGACGUCAUCCCCAAAUAUCUUAGGACAUACCGAAACAUCUACAAUAAAUAUUGAACAUGAUACUGCCAAAGAAAUCACACAAGAAUGGAGCACUAUCAAUACUGGUUCGAUCGAUACGACUGAACCAUAUAUAAAAGAUACCACUUCAUUUCCUAUCAUUACAACUGAGUCUCCUAUAUUUACAACAGAUAUUAUUGAUAUCAGCAGUUCUCACAAAGGCACUGAUAUUUCUGCAACAGAACAAUCCUCUACUACCGAAUACAUUACUCCUUACUCUACCACGGAGGAAUCCUCAGAACAUACUACUUUGAAACAGUACACUACAACUGAAGAGACUACUUCGAAACAGUACACUACAACUGAAGAAUUUACAGGACAGGUUUCUAGUACAGAGCAUUAUAGCACAUCGGAACAUUCUACAGAGGAACAUUCGACUACAGAACAGCUAAAGAUGUCAGAACAAACAGAACAAUAUACCACGUUUGCACAUUCUACUGAACAGACUUCUACUGUGAAACAAUACAGCACGCCUGAAUAUUCUACAGAAGGAUAUUCUACAACAGAACAGCUUACAACAUCACAACAACCCACACAAUACACUACUUUAAAACAAUAUCCUUCGACUGAAGAGUCAACAGAGCAGAUCUUUACUACAGAGCAUCGUGUAUCAGAACAUUCUACUACAGAACAGAUCUCCGCUACAAAGCAAUACAGCACUCCUGAAUAUUUUACAGAAAGAUAUUCUACAACAGAGCAGUUUAAGACAUCACAGCAACCCACAGAACAAUAUACUUCCACUAAACUAUCUACAGAACAGAUUUCUACUACAGAGUAUUACGGUACAUCUGAAUCUACAGAAGCGUAUUCUACUACAGAACAGAUUAAGACGCCAGAGCAAACAGAACAGUACACUACGUUUGCACAAUCUACGGAACAAAUUUCAACUACAGAGCAGUACAUUACGUCGGAAUAUUCUACAGAUUCAACAGAACAGUUUAGAACAUCACAGCAACCCACAGAACAAUACACUACUUCGAACCAGUAUACUUCAACUGAAGAAGUUACAGAACAGAUCUCUACUACAAAUCAUUAUGACACAUCGAAAUAUUCAACAGAAGAAUAUUUCACUACAGAACAGUUUACGACACCAAAGCAAACAGACCAGUAUACCACGUUUGCAGAAUCUACAGAACAAAUCGUUACUACGAAGCAAUAUGAUGCAUCUGAUUCUACAGAAGUAUAUUCUACAACAGAACAGCUUAGAACCUCACAAGAACCAACAGAACUAUACACCACUUUGAAACCGUACACUUCAACUGAAGAGUCCACAGAACGAAUCUCUACUACAGAAAGCUAUUCUACUACAGGAUUCAAGACAUCUGAACAGUCUACUACAUUUGAACCAUUUACAACAAAACAGAUCUCUACUACAGAACAAUACAGCACAUUUGAAUAUACAUCUGAACAGUUCAUUACUACGCAAGCAACACAAUAUAGUACAACCGGAUAUCCCACAGAAGAAUAUUCUACCACAGAGCAACUUGCUACAUCCGAAAAAUCCACAGAGUCAUAUUUGACCACAGAAUAUUAUACAACGCCUGAAAUUAUUCAGAAUAAAACAGAUGUAUUUUGUACCUUACAUGCAGAUUGUACUGAAUGUGAAGCUUGCAUCGAUGGUCUUUGUCGAAAUCCAUGUAGAACUGACAAUUCAUGUCCAGAGAAUGUCUUAUGCGACGUUGUGAAUCAUCGGCCUGUGUGCUUAGACUCAAGUACCGAGCAGAGUACGUCUAAUUGUAGCGUACUCCCAGACGUGAAAUGUACAACGCACAACGACUGUCCCAUCCAAUUGGCUUGCGUAAAUCAUCAAUGCGUGAAUCCUUGCGCUUUGGGCAAUCCGUGCGACUUCGUCGAAGCUUGCCAUGUUCAAUAUCAUAGGCCGGUCUGCGUCAAAGUGGACACAAAUGAGGCGGAGUGUCCUUACUGCCCACCUGGCACGCAAUGCGACCCAUCGACAAACACUUGCAUCAAAGCCACCGAGAGAUUUGUAAAUAUGUAUGUACUGUACAUAUCUCACGUACAUAUUUCACAAAUUAUAUAUAAGACCCUUCAUACAAAGCACAAAAUGUUCAUUUUCGAUACAACUAUCUCGUGCACGAUCACGAAGAAUGAUCUCUUUAAGAUAUUCGUCAUAUUCUUUCUGAAUACAUCUCUCUUGUCUCGGAAAAUGUUUUUCUCCCGAUUAAUGAUUCGCAUACUCUUUUGCACACAAAGAUCAAGAGAAUCACAUUGCUAUGCAAAGAGAACUUCCUUUAUCUCGAUUCUUAUACUUGUGCACACUUCCUGGGGUUACAUGGGCCUUCCCACUCUUUCUCUAGCGGGUUGCACUAGCGACAGGGAUUGCCCCCUGACAGAAGUGUGCAUUGGGCACACUUGCCAGGAACCGUGCCUUGUUCGAAAUCCUUGUGCGGAACACGCUAUUUGUAUUAAUACGAAUCAUGGAGCAGACUGCAGUUGUGAAGAAGGCUAUCACGGAAAUGGAUUCUCUUAUUGCGAUUUGCUGGAAGAAACGAAGAAUAUUUGCCAGUACAAUGAAGACUGUCCUCCGCACAAAUACUGUGAUCGACACAACAGGCUGUGCAUUAAUCCUUGCGUCGAGUUUGAUUGCGGAGAUAAUGCAAAGUGUGUGUCUAGUAAUCAUCAAGCGCAGUGUACGUGCCUUCCAGGAUAUCAAGGAAAUCCUCACAUUGGCUGUCAGGAGAUAGUGUCCGCUGUUGAUCCUUGCGUUCCAAAUCCGUGCGGUUUGAAUGCUUUAUGCGAAAAUGACAAUGGAAAUCCCGUCUGCUUCUGUCCAAAAGGUCUAACUGGAAGUCCGUUCGAGCAGUGCAUACCCGAAGGUGACCAGUGCGAAGGUAAUCCCUGCGGCGUCAACUCAGGAUGCCGAGUGGUGAAUGGACAGGUGAAGUGCUUCUGUUUGCCAGGAUACGAGGGUGAACCGCCACAUUUUCCCUGCACACUUCCUAGCACUUCCUGCGAUCCUUCUCCGUGUGGUCCCAAUACUCGCUGUUCUGUGUUGGACAAUGGUUACGCAAAGUGUACCUGUCUAUCUGGAUACAUCGAAAGUCCCAAUACUAUUCGAGGAUGCGUGCCGAAAGCUGAUCAGUGCGAAUUUAAUCCAUGUGGCUUCGGGGCAAGGUGCAACAGCACGAGGGUACCACCUUGCUACUGUCCAGAUCUCACGAUUGGAAACCCGUACAAGAGUUGCGGAGCACGACCAGAGGAGCCAUAUGAUCCUUGUCUAUUAUCACCUUGUGGCAAAAACGCUAUUUGCACGGCGAUCGACGGCAUAGCCAAAUGCACAUGCGUACCGCCAUUUGUUGGCAAUCCCUAUAUAGACGGUUGCGAGGCCGAGUGCAUCAUUAAUCGGGAUUGCGAGAGUCAUCUAGCUUGUUUCAAUCAGCAUUGCAGAGAUCCAUGCCCGGGCGUGUGUGGCGCUAACGCGCAUUGCGAAGUCAUCGAUCAUCUUCCGAUGUGUUCUUGCUUGCCAGGAUAUACCGGAGAUCCGUUCAGAGCCUGUAAAAUAGAGAGACCUUUAGUUCCGGAUCAGAAUCCGUGCAUGCCAUCGCCAUGCGGUCCACACAGUAUCUGCCGUGUAAUGAACGAUCGUGCAGUUUGCUCAUGUAGUCCGGGCUACCAAGGCACUCCGCCGCAUUGCCGUCCGGAGUGUCUCGUCAGUACGGAAUGCCCGGCUCACCUGGCUUGCAUUAAUCAAAAGUGUAAUGAUCCUUGCCCAGGAUUGUGUGGCUUGAACGCUGACUGCCAGGUCAUCAAUCACAAUCCGAUCUGCAGUUGUCCUCGUCAAUUUGCCGGUGAUCCAUUCACUUAUUGCCUCAAAGAAGAACCUUUACCGCCAACAACAAAUCCUUGUUUGCCAUCGCCUUGCGGGUCUAACGCUGAUUGUCGCGUCCAAGAGGAUCAUCCAAUAUGCACGUGCAUCAGUGGCAUGUUCGGAGCACCGCCGAACUGUAGGCCAGAGUGUGUGAUCGAUCAGGACUGCAUUAGCUCCUUAGCUUGCAUUCAAAAGAAAUGUUUGGAUCCAUGCGUUGGAUCAUGCGGUUUUAACACUAAUUGCACGGUUCAAAAUCAUCGGCCUAUAUGUCACUGUUACGAAGGCUAUGAAGGAGAUCCUUUCUCAGGCUGCGCCAAAGCUGUUUUCCCGGUGCAACUGCCGUGCGAUCCCUCACCGUGCGGCACGAACGCCGUAUGUAAAGAACGUAAUGGCGCGGGAUCUUGCACUUGUCUGCCUGAUUACACCGGCGAUCCCUAUGAGGGCUGCAGGCCGGAAUGCGUUCAAAAUUCGGACUGCGCUCACACGAAGGCUUGCAUUAACAACAAAUGCAAGGAUCCGUGUGUGGGAGCGUGCGGAAUUAACGCGCAAUGCCAAGUCUACAAUCAUCAGCCAUCCUGCAGUUGCCUCUCUGGUUACACCGGUGAUCCACUUACGUCUUGCCACAUACCGAUAACGCCUGCAGUACCAGGCGAUACGUGCCAACCAUCUCCCUGUGGACCGUACAGCAAUUGCCGCGUUAUUGAUAAUCACGCAGUGUGCUCCUGUCAACCUAAUUACAUCGGCAGUCCACCGUCGUGCCGGCCGGAGUGUGUAGUCAGUACGGACUGUAGUCCGAGCACAGCGUGUAUCAAUCAGAGAUGCAAAGAUCCAUGUCCCGGCACGUGCGGUGUAAAUGCGGACUGCCGAGUGAUCAAUCAUAAUCCAGUCUGCAUAUGCGCGAUUGGCUAUAGCGGGGAUCCGUUCUUCGGUUGCGCUAAGGAAGAAGUGACACCGAUACCGAGGCCAAGCGGCAAUCCGUGCGUCCCUUCGCCAUGCGGGCCGAAUUCCCAGUGUCGGGUGAUUGACGGUUUCCCGGCGUGUUCAUGCUUACCGAAUUACGUGGGCCGCGCACCAAAUUGCCGUCCCGAGUGUGUCAUAAAUGAAGGAUGCCCCGGAAAUCUGGCAUGUCAAAACGAACAGUGCGUGGACCCGUGCCCGGGCUCUUGCGGCGUGAAUACGUAUUGCAAUGUUGUGAAACACAAUCCCGUCUGCAUCUGUAACAACGGCUACACGGGCGAUCCGUUCACAGAAUGUAUACCCAUUGUAGAAGCGCCUAUUACGACGGAGCAGCCACGCACGCCGUGCAAUCCGUCACCGUGUGGCGCCAACGCAGUGUGCAACGAACGAAACGGCGUCGGAUCCUGCACGUGCUUACCGCAGUACUUUGGCGAUCCGUACAUCGCUUGUAGACCCGAAUGCGUGACCAACGCCGACUGCGACCGCAGCAAGGCCUGCCUGAACAACAAGUGCGUCAAUCCGUGCCCAGGCACUUGCGGCCAAGACGCUACUUGCCGCGUGGUCAAUCAUGCUCCAAUGUGCUCCUGCCUGCCCGGUUAUACCGGCGAUCCGGUGAACGGCUGUACCGUCAUCGACGUCGUGACGCCGUUGCCUGUGCCGAUCAAUCCCUGCGAUCCGUCGCCGUGCGGACCCAACAGCAACUGUCGAACGCACGACGGACACGCGGUGUGCCUCUGCCAACCGGGAUUCUCCGGAGUCCCGCCGAACUGCCGACCGGGUUGCAUUGUCAGUUCUGAGUGUCCACAGAACAGGGCGUGCAUUAAUAACAAGUGCGCGGACCCAUGCCCAGGUUCUUGCGGGCAAAACACGAACUGCCUAACGGUGAACCACAAUCCCAUCUGCAGCUGCGCCAGCGGCUACUCCGGCGAUCCCUUCGUGCACUGCACCAGAAUUAGUACCACAUCGCCGUUGCCAAAAGGGGAAGGAGAUCCUUGUUUGCCGAAUCCAUGUGGCCCGAACUCGCAGUGCAGAGUUAUAGGCUCGCAUCCAGCAUGUUCCUGCUUGCAGAACUACAUUGGUCGUCCGCCGAACUGCAGGCCAGAGUGCACCGACAGCUCGGAAUGCUUAAAUACCGCAGCGUGCAUCAAUCAGAGAUGCAAGAAUCCUUGCCCCGGUGCCUGCGGCGAAGUCGCCAGAUGCACGGUGCAGAAUCACGUCCCGAUUUGUACCUGCCCAGAGGGAUACGAAGGCGAUCCCACCGUACGCUGUGUCCUGGAAUCUCCGCCAGCGACAGACAGGACUGUAUCGAAUCCGUGCUCGCCGAAUCCUUGCGGCCCCAAUGCGCAAUGUCGCGAAAGAAACGGAGCUGGCGCCUGCGGAUGUCCGCCUGACCUGAUAGGCGAUCCUUACGAUAUCAUCAAGGGAUGCCACAGGGAAUGCGAAGCAAACACCGACUGCGCGCCGCAGCUGGCGUGUGUUGGUUUCAAAUGCACAGAUCCGUGCCCAAACACAUGUGGAACGUUGUCUAUCUGUAACGUACAAGCGCACGUUCCUGUCUGCCUGUGUCCACCGGGAUAUACCGGAGAUCCAUAUUUCGCUUGUGAAAUUGAGGAGAUGAUAAAAACCGUGGAACCAUGCUCUCCAUCACCUUGUGGGCCCAACAGUAAAUGCCGAGUCGUCAACGGUCAAGCUGUGUGCUCUUGUUUACCAGAGUAUAGGGGCAUCCCACCAUCGUGCAGACCAGAAUGUAUCGUUAAUGCCGAGUGUCCACCUCAUCUAGCGUGUGUAAAUAAGAAAUGCGCAGAUCCUUGUCCGAACACCUGUGGAUUGAGGGCGCAAUGUAUUACCAAAAACCACAAUCCGAUUUGCACUUGCCCUGCCGGUUUCACAGGGGAUCCUUUCACUUUCUGCUCGCCACAUAUUACUACCGAUUUUCCGAUAACUGAGCGGCCACCGUCUUGCACCCCGUCACCUUGUGGCCCGAAUUCUUUGUGUCAAAUAAUAUCCGGCAAUCCUGCUUGCUCCUGCUUGCCAAAUUACAUCGGUGUACCGCCGCAAUGUCGGCCGGAGUGCAUUUUAAGUUCCGAAUGUAAGAGUCACCUCGCGUGUGUCAAUCAGAAGUGCGCGGACCCGUGCCCAGGCUCGUGCGGAAUAAACGCUCAAUGUCACGUAUUAAACCAUCUCCCGGUUUGCACGUGCAUGGAAGGUUUCACCGGAGAUCCAUUUACGCAAUGUAGCAUUAUUCCACCAGUUACAGAACCGCCGUCCACGGAUCCUUGCGCUCUAUCCCCGUGUGGCCCGAACGCCAUAUGCGAUAACGGUGAAUGUAGAUGCUUGCCCGAGUACAUCGGCAAUCCUUAUGAGGCCUGCCGUCCCGAAUGCAUCCUCAAUUCAGAAUGUGCCCGCGACAAAACUUGCCUGAAAAACAAAUGCAAGGACCCCUGUCCCGGGAUAUGUGGCCAAAACGCGCGAUGUGACGUGGUGAAUCACAUACCCGUUUGCUCCUGUCCAUCCGGAUAUGUCGGCGAUCCGUUUGUCAGUUGUCGUGUUCAACCUAGAGUGCCCGACUCCCGAAAAGAUCCGUGCUCGCCCUCUCCCUGCGGACCGAACAGUCAAUGUCGCAACAUUGAAGACCACGCUGUGUGCUCUUGUCUCCGAGGCUACCUUGGUUCUCCGCCAUCGUGUAGACCAGAGUGUCUCGUUAGCUCUGAAUGUCCGCCAACACGAGCCUGCGUAAACAAGAAGUGCACAGAUCCUUGUCUAGGUUCCUGCGGCUUAAACGCGAGAUGCGAAGUGAUCAACCAUUCGCCGAUAUGUAGUUGUCUUCCUGGGCAGACUGGAGAUCCGUUCAGAAGUUGUUACGAUAUUCCAAUACCAUCGGAACCUAAGGAUCAGGGCGAUCCUUGCACUCCUUCACCAUGUGGACCAAACGCGCUUUGUCAAAAUACAAAUGGACAGCCAUCGUGUUCGUGUCUACCUACAUACAUCGGCACUCCGCCUUCAUGCCGGCCGGAGUGUUUGAUCAAUCCCGAUUGUCCAACGGAAAAAUCCUGCAUAAACAUGAAGUGUAAAGACCCAUGUCCUGGAUCCUGCGGAGAUAACGCUGAAUGCAAAGUAGUGAAUCACGCAGUGACUUGUUCGUGUAGGUUCGGCUAUGCGGGCAAUCCGUUCGUGCAAUGUGUGUUGGAAGAGGAACCGAUGAAUCCGUGCGAACCUUCGCCGUGCGGAGCCAAUGCGAUCUGUCAACAACGGGACAAUGCUGGUGCUUGCAUAUGUAUCGAUGACUAUCAAGGAAAUCCUUACGAGGGCUGUCAACCGGAGUGUGUCCUCAGUGCGGAUUGCCCUACAAACAAGGCUUGCGAUCGUAACAAAUGCAAGGAUCCUUGCCCAGGUGUAUGCGGCGUCCGAGCGCAGUGUUCAGUGAUCAAUCAUAUACCUACGUGCACUUGCGAGCCUGGAUAUAUUGGAGAUCCAUUUACAAUCUGCACCCUUCAACCGGAAAUUGAUACCGAACCUACCGUCAGGGAUCCGUGCUCGCCUUCACCCUGCGGACCGAACAGCUUGUGCCGUGCUAUUAACAACCAGGCCGUGUGCACGUGCCAAGAGUCUUUCGUGGGUGGCCCGCCGAAUUGCAAGCCGGAAUGUGUCGUCAAUUCGGAAUGUCCGCAAAACAGAGCAUGCUACAAAUACAAAUGUACUGACCCAUGUCCUGGCACGUGUGGAAUCGAAGCCAACUGCCGGGUUAUCAAUCACAAUCCGCUCUGCAGUUGUCCACAAGGAAAGACGGGAGAUCCCUUCUCCAGAUGUUUCCCUGAACCCGUUGUGCCGCUACCACCGGUGGACCCUUGUUUCCCUAGUCCAUGUGGACUCUAUGCGGAGUGCAAAGUUGUUAAUAAUCAAGCCGCGUGUACUUGCUUGAAAAAUUACAUAGGGAUACCACCGAACUGCCGCGCAGAAUGCGUAGUUAAUACAGAUUGUCCGUCGAAUCAGGCUUGUAUCUCGGAAAAAUGUCGUGAUCCCUGCAUCGGUUCCUGUGGACAGAAUGCUGACUGUCGAGUACAGAAUCACAUACCAGUUUGCUUGUGCCAACCUGGAUAUUCCGGCGAUCCUUUUACACUGUGCACAGUAAUUAGAGAACAACCAAAGGUCCCCGAAGAUUUGUGCAAUCCGUCACCGUGUGGGCCUAACGCGGAAUGCAACGAAGGUGUUUGCAGGUGUUUGCCCAACUACUUCGGAGCUCCGUACUCGUAUUGUCGACCGGAAUGUACAAUGAAUUCAGAUUGCCCUCGCGUCAAAACUUGCAUCAAUCAAAAUUGUGUGGAUCCUUGUCCAGGCACGUGCGGUCGUGAUGCACGUUGCGACGUUGUUAAUCACGUUCCAAUGUGCAGCUGUCCGCCUGGUUACACCGGGAAUCCGUUCCUUCUGUGUCGACCACACAUACCAGAUGACACUAUUAGGCAACCUUGCACACCUUCGCCUUGCGGACCAAACAGCAUCUGCAAAGUUGCGAGUGGUCACGCUGUGUGUUCGUGUCAGCCUGGUUUAAUUGGCAGUCCACCCGCUUGCAAACCAGAAUGCGUCGUCAGUGCGGACUGUCCAUUGACACAAGCGUGUUUAAAUAAUAAAUGUCAAGAUCCAUGCCCAGGCACUUGCGGACAGAAUACAAACUGUCAAGUGGUUAAUCAUAAUCCGAUAUGCAGCUGCUCCGAAUCUUUUACAGGCGAUCCCUUUACUAUAUGUUAUCCGCAACCAAAAACACCACCUGCGCCAGUGAACCCGUGUCUGCCGUCGCCUUGCGGUCCGAAUGCGGAGUGUCAAGUGAGAGGUGACAGUCCCGCGUGUUCGUGUAUCGAAAAUUAUGUCGGUUUGCCGCCGAAUUGUCGGCCGGAGUGCACAAUCAAUCCCGAAUGUCCGCCGCAGUUAGCGUGUAUGCAACAAAAGUGUCGCGAUCCAUGUGUCGGUUUGUGCGGUCUAAACGCUCAGUGCUCGGUAGUGAAUCACCACGCAGUUUGUGCGUGCACCACUGGAUACACCGGAAAUCCAUUCAGCGCUUGCGAAAGACUACCCGAGGAUACGUCCCUAGACAUUAGAAAGCCGUGCGAGCCUUCCCCCUGCGGCCUCAAUGCCGUCUGCCGCGAGAACAAUGGCGUCGGCUCGUGCACCUGUCUGCCGGACUAUCUAGGCGAUCCUUACGAAGAGUGCAGGCCCGAAUGCACACAAAAUUCUGACUGUUUGACAAGAAUGGCGUGCGUGGGCCUGAAAUGCAGAGACCCUUGCCCAGGAACAUGCGGAAUGAAUGCCCAAUGUCAAUCGGUUAAUCAUCUGCCGAUUUGUAUUUGCAUUCCCGGCUAUACCGGCAACCCCUUCACGCUCUGUUCCCCGAUAGUUGAAACUCUCCUACCAGAAACAAACCCGUGCAACCCAUCUCCCUGUGGACCAAACAGUAAAUGCCAAGAUGUAAAUGGCCUUGCCGUUUGCACUUGUCUUCCGAAUUUUAUUGGCAGCCCUCCCAGCUGUCGCGCCGAAUGCGUUGUGAACAGCCAAUGCUCUCCGGAUCUUGUUUGCAUCAAUCAGAAGUGUAUAUCGCCCUGCCCGGACCCGUGUGGAAUAAACACACAAUGCAAAGUGAUCAAUCACAGCCCCAUUUGCGUCUGCAAUCUCGGUUAUACCGGGGAUCCCUUUACAAGAUGUUUCCCCGCUCCACGUAAGAACUUGGUCUCUCUUAUCAGCUUCAUUCAUUCCUGCCAUAAGUUUACGAUCAUCGGCUUUACUCAUUUCGUUCAUUCGCGUCAGAGUUUCACGGCCGUCAGUUCAUUUAUUCAUCCAUUCAUGCCAGAAGUUCACGGCCCUCAGCUUAACAAACGACGAGUAGUAGUUUUAUGCCUGUCUUACUAUUGGAUUUCAGAACCGCUAGAUUUUCCCAUAGUCCCCCAAGAUCCCUGUUUGCCGUCUCCAUGCGGCAUAUAUGCGGAAUGCAGGAAUAUCGUUGGCACACCGUCGUGCUCCUGUUUGCCAACCUACAGAGGAUCACCGCCAAAUUGUCGCCCCGAAUGCCGCGUGAAUUCUGAAUGCUCGAUGAAUCUCGCCUGCAGCAAUGAAAGAUGCAGAGAUCCUUGCUUAGGUUCCUGCAGCGUCACUUCGUUGUGCACAGUCUAUAAUCACGUACCCGUGUGCACCUGUCCUGAAGGAUACACCGGUGAUCCUUUCAGUAAUUGUUAUCCCAGACCGACAAUUCCUCAUCCGCAUUCUUUUACAGCAGCACCAGCAGUUAUCGAUCCUUGCAAUUUAAACCCUUGUGGACCAAAUGCACGAUGCAACAAUGGCAUCUGCAUAUGUCUGCCCGAAUACCAGGGUGAUCCCUACGUGGGUUGCCGUCCCGAGUGUGUCAUGAAUACCGAUUGCGCCUACGAUCGUACGUGCGUGCGUAACAAAUGCAUGGAUCCCUGUCCGGGCACGUGCGGUCGAAAUGCAUUGUGCUCCGUAUAUAAUCACGUGCCUAUGUGCACCUGUCCGGCCGGAAUGACCGGCAAUGCCUUCGUUCAAUGUUCCAUACUCGAAGAUACCCCGAAGGGAGAUCCCUGCUCACCCUCGCCUUGCGGACCCAACAGUGUUUGCCGAGAAAACAACGGGCAACCUGUGUGCUCGUGCGUGGGGGGAUUCCUCGGCAUACCGCCAGCAUGCAAACCGGAAUGCACUGUCAGUUCCGAGUGUCUUCUGACAGAAGCAUGUAGCAAUCAAAAAUGCAUAAAUCCUUGUCUUGGCGCAUGCGGAGUUCAAGCUACAUGUCAAGUGAUCAAUCACAAUCCCAUAUGUAGCUGCGGAGAGCUUACCGGAGACCCAUUCAUUCGAUGUGUUCCACGGCCACCCGAACCUGUAUUACAAACGAACCCCUGUGUGCCGUCUCCUUGUGGAGCGAACGCCGAAUGUCGAGUUGUAGGCGAUGCUCCCUCGUGCUCGUGUCUAGCUGGAUUCCUGGGUCUGCCACCGUAUUGUAAACCAGAAUGCAUUAGCAACAGUGAAUGUCCUGCCCAUUUAGCGUGCAUGAAUCAAAAGUGUAGGGAUCCUUGCGAGGGCUCCUGCGGGGUCAACGCCGAAUGUCGUGUGGUGAGCCACACGCCCAUGUGUGUUUGUCCUAGCGAUUUCACCGGUGAUCCAUUUACACAAUGUAUAUUGAAACCACCCACACCAGUCCUAUUGUCGCCCUGUAAACCAUCACCUUGUGGCUUUAAUGCCAUUUGCAAGGAACAGUUCGGCGCCGGUUCCUGUUCUUGCUUACCAGAUUACGUCGGCAAUCCUUACGAAGGAUGUCGACCAGAGUGCGUGGUUGAUACAGAUUGCAUAUCUAUUCUUGCUUGUGUACAAUCAAAGUGCAGAGAUCCAUGUCCUGGUGUCUGCGGACAAUUUGCCGAAUGUCAAGUUAUUAAUCAUCGACCAUCUUGCACAUGUAUUUCCGGCUAUAGUGGCAACCCCUUCCAAUACUGUACUGUAAUGCGCGAUAUCGUCGAUACUCCAAGAGACGUUUGCAAUCCAUCGCCUUGCGGACCCAACAGCCAAUGUCGUGUUAAUAAUAAUCAAGCAGUCUGUUCUUGCCUACCGAAUUUCAUCGGUAAUCCACCCGCAUGUCGCCCUGAAUGCGUGACAAACUCAGAUUGUUCUCUCAAUCUUGCUUGCUUGAGUCAAAAAUGCCAAGACCCUUGUCCUGGCUCUUGUGGUAGAAAUUCGAAUUGCAGAGUCAUCAAACAUAAUCCAAUUUGUUCUUGCAAGAACGGCUUUACCGGCGAUCCAUUUACCGUUUGCUUCCACACACCUGUGAGUCCACCCAUUGUAAGUGACAUUGCGAGAGACCCGUGUGUACCGUCACCUUGUGGCAUGUUUUCCGAAUGUCGUGAUAUAGGAGGAGUGCCGUCGUGUUCUUGCUUACCAACGUACAGAGGCAGUCCACCAAAUUGUAAACCGGAAUGUACCAUAAAUGCAGAGUGUCCAGCUAAUAUGGCUUGUAUGCAGCAAAAAUGUAGAGAUCCCUGUCCAGGCUCGUGUGGCAUUAUGGCCGAAUGCAGUGUCGUAAAUCACGUACCGAUUUGUUCAUGUUUGCCUGAUUACACUGGCGACCCUUUCAUCGGAUGUACUAUAAGACCACUUGUUGUUGCACCCUCAAAACCGGAUCCAUGCACACCUUCACCUUGCGGACCCAAUACGCAAUGUAACGGAGGAAUUUGCGUUUGCAUAGCAGAAUAUUUCGGGGACCCUUACAGUGGUUGCCGGCCAGAAUGCGUAUUGAAUAACGAUUGUCCAAACACGCAGGCAUGCGUGCGAAAUAAGUGUGUCGAUCCUUGUCCAGGUGUUUGUGGCCAAAAUGCUGUGUGCAAUGUAUACAACCAUAUCCCUAUGUGUAGUUGUUCAUCGGGAAUGGAUGGAAAUGCUUUCGUCUUGUGCUCUCCCGUGCCAGCACCACCCGUUAGUAACCCGUGUAAUCCGUCCCCGUGUGGUCCGAACAGCCAAUGCCGGCAAAAUAAUAUGCAGGCUGUAUGCAGUUGCAUAAGUGGAUUUGUCGGCGCACCUCCGACUUGCAGACCCGAAUGUGUAAUUAGCUCAGAUUGCCCGAAGAACGAGGCGUGUACUAAUCAAAAAUGUCGGGACCCUUGUCCGGGAAGUUGUGGGCGCAACACAGUCUGCAACGUCAUUAAUCACAAUCCUGUCUGCGUCUGCCGUUCUGGGAUGACCGGAGACCCGUUUAUUAACUGUUUCCCCCUUCCUGAGGAACCGUUACCUGCACUUAAUCCCUGUCAGCCAUCGCCAUGUGGACCAAACGCGCAAUGUCAAGUGAUCAAUGAUCAACCCUCUUGUUCAUGUUUGCAAGAAUUUAUCGGAUCACCUCCGAACUGUCGAUAUGAAUGCAUCAGCAACAGCGAAUGCUCGAAUAAAUUGGCCUGCAUCAACCAAAAAUGUCGCGACCCAUGCAUAAACGCAUGCGGUAUCAAUGCCGUUUGCAAUGUUGUUAGUCAUACGCCGAUGUGCGCCUGUACUCCCGGUUAUACUGGCGAUCCGUUUACACAGUGUUCUCCCCAACAAUUCGAUAUACAACCUAGCAUAUCCACGCCAUGCACACCAUCUCCGUGUGGUGCAAAUGCGGUGUGCAGAGUUCAGCAAAAUGCAGGUUCUUGUUCGUGCUCGUCUGAUUAUAUCGGUAACCCUUACGAGGGGUGCAGACCCGAGUGUACGCUCAAUUCCGAUUGUCCGUCCAAUCAGGCGUGUAUCGGUUCGAAAUGCAAAGAUCCGUGUCCAGGAACGUGCGGGCAAAACGCGCAGUGCUACGUGAUUAAUCAUGCGCCAACUUGCACUUGCUUCGAGCGUUACACGGGAAAUCCAUUUAUAUUCUGCAAUCUUAUCAUCGAAGCCCCGGUUGCAGCAGACAAUGUCAAUCCUUGUCAACCAUCCCCUUGCGGACCAUAUAGUCAAUGCAGAGCAAGCAACGGCCAAGCCGUUUGUUCUUGCCUGCCGACUUAUAUUGGCGCACCGCCCGGUUGUAGACCCGAAUGCACAGUCAGCACGGAUUGCGCGACAAAUCGCGCUUGCGAGAAUAAUAAAUGUGUUGAUCCUUGUCCCAACUCGUGCGGCCAAGGUACGACGUGUAGAGUCGUGAACCACAGUCCAAUAUGCAUGUGCAAACCCGGAUUCAGCGGUGAUCCAUUCGUACGCUGCUUAUUCGUACCACCUACUCCGAGCGUACCGAGUCUGCCCUCGGAUCCUUGCAUACCCUCUCCGUGCGGACCCAACUCACAAUGCCGCAAUGCCAAUGGUUACCCAUCUUGUUCUUGUAUGAUUAAUUACAUUGGUACACCACCAAGUUGUCGCCCCGAAUGCAUUAUUCCUGCUGACUGUCCGAGCAACCAGGCUUGCAUUCGCGAAAGAUGCCAAGAUCCCUGUCCAGGUUCUUGUGGUAUAAAUGCUGAUUGUACUGUUCACAAUCACAUUCCAAUCUGUAGGUGUAUAGCCAGUUAUACUGGCGAUCCAUUUAUUGGCUGUCAACCUGUGCCAAUCUUGCAGCCAACUGAUCCAUGCAGUAGAUCACCUUGUGGACCAAACGCCCAAUGCAACAAUGGCAUUUGCACUUGUUUACCUGAAUACUUUGGCGACCCAUACAUUGGCUGUCGACCAGAAUGCGUACUUAGUACAGAUUGCUCAACCGAUAAGGCUUGCAUACGAAACAAGUGUAUUGAUCCUUGUCCAGGUACCUGUGGACAAAAUAGUUUAUGCAACGUGAUAAAUCAUACACCAAUGUGCAGUUGUCCUCCCGGCACUGCUGGAAACGCGUUUAUUUCUUGUAAUACAAUGACAGUUCCGUCCGUGACAAGACCGUGCAGCCCGAAUCCUUGCGGUCCAAACAGCAUAUGUCGAGAAUUAAAUGGACAAGCCGUGUGCACCUGUGCACCAGAGUUCCUUGGAUCGCCGCCUCUCUGCCGACCCGAAUGUACCCUUAGUUCAGAUUGUCGGCUGAAUGAAGCUUGCGCUAAUCAGAAAUGUAGAGAUCCUUGUCCCGGUACAUGUGGCAUCCAAGCAAGCUGUGUAGUCGUCAAUCACAACCCUGUCUGCUCGUGCCCCGAACGCUACACAGGCGAUCCAUUCAUCAGAUGCGAUGUUAUGAUAGCACCCGUAGUAAUAAACCCUUGCCAGCCUUCGCCCUGCGGUCCGUACGCUCAGUGCCAGGUCGUCAACGAUUUGCCAUCUUGCUCGUGCUUACCUGAGUACAGAGGCUCGCCCCCGUAUUGUCGACCCGAAUGUAUUUCCAAUCCCGAAUGCCCCAGCCAUCAAAGUUGUGUGCGACAAAAGUGCAGAGAUCCCUGUCCAGGCUUAUGCGGGGAGAAUUCCGAGUGCCACGUGGUACAACAUGUGCCCCAUUGCGUCUGUUCUUACGGUCUCACCGGUGAUCCGUACACACGCUGCUCUACCAUCCGACCUUACGCUUAUGCGACGUUGCUUAAUCCAUUUACCCUUUACAUUGUUUUAGCACGCCCAACAGAAUUGGAACCAGAACCAUCGCCCUGCGCAAGUUUCGAAUGCGGCGCGAAUGCGAUAUGUAGAGAACGAGAUGGUGUCGCAAUUUGUCAGUGUCUCUCUAGCUAUGUUGGCAAUCCAUACUUAGCGUGUCGACCCGAAUGCGUCAUUAAUCCCGACUGCCCAUCCAAUUUAAUGUGCGUAAGAAACAAGUGCGCCAAUCCCUGCGCCGGCAUGUGCGGCCAGAAUGCUGAAUGCUCGGUUGUCAAUCAUCAACCAAUGUGCACAUGUCUCCCCGGAUAUACCGGAGACCCCUUCAUUACCUGUUCCGUAGAUAAAAUAAUCUCAGACGAGAACGUUUGUGCCCCAUCACCCUGUGGACCCAACAGCAAAUGCAAAGAAGUGUCCGGACAGGCUGUCUGUUCAUGUCUCCCGACGUACAUUGGAACCCCACCUGCAUGUAGACCUGAAUGUGUCGCUAGCUCAGAGUGUUCCCCGCAAUUAGUGUGCAAGGACUACAAAUGCGUGAAUCCCUGCCCAAGCCCAUGUGGACUCAAUACCAAUUGCGUGGUCGUUAAUCACAGUCCCAUCUGCAGUUGUAUGUCCGGUUAUAGCGGCGAUCCGUUCACCAUAUGCUCGUUAAUUCCACGUAAGAUCACCAUUGAAUACAGGAAGCACUAUAUUAAUCCAACCUCUCUCAUGUACUGCCCAAUGUCCUUUAUAUAUCGUACGAUAGUCAUCAUGAACCAUAAUUGCGAAUAUCUUUCAGCUGUAACACCACCACUUGUUCAGAAAGACCCUUGCGUGCCAUCCCCAUGUGGUAGUUUCUCCCAAUGCAGGAAUAUUGGUGGUUCUCCCGCGUGUACCUGCCUGGAGAAUUACAUGGGUCAACCGCCUAAUUGCAGACCCGAAUGUACCAUACACUCAGAAUGCCCAAGUGAUAAAGCCUGCAUCAAUAUGAAAUGUGUGGAUCCAUGUCCCGGCUCAUGCGGCACCAAUGCCCUAUGUUCGGUCAUUAAUCAUAUUCCCACGUGCAGAUGCCCCGAGGGAUACACUGGAAAUACCUUUGUCCUUUGCGAGAUAUUACCAGCAACACCGACUCCAUCCCUGGUCGAAGAUGCUUGCGUCCCAUCACCCUGUGGUCCUAACGCGCAAUGCUUUAACGGUAUCUGUACUUGCCUACCAGAGUUCCGAGGAGAUCCGAAUGUAGGUUGCCGACCGGAAUGCGUUCUAAACGCGGAUUGUCCUCGCGAUAGAGCGUGCAUGCGUAACAAAUGUCUGGACCCAUGCCCUGGAGCUUGCGCCGUUAAUGCGCUAUGCACCGUGAUCGGUCACGUUCCCAUGUGCAGUUGCCCUGGAAAUAUGACCGGCAAUGCAUUCAGUCAAUGCACACCUCUACAAGACAUGCCACCCGCUAAUCCAUGCGCCCCUUCACCCUGCGGACCGAAUAGCGAGUGCCGCGUUAUAAAUAACCAGGCAGUUUGCUCCUGUAUACGAGGAUAUCUAGGUAGCCCUCCGACCUGUAGACCGGAGUGCAUAGUAAGCACGGAUUGCCCCCAGAAUGAAGCUUGUAGCAACCAAAAAUGUAUGAAUCCGUGUUCUGGAAGUUGCGGAUUAGGUGCAUCCUGUCAAGUAGUGAAUCAUAAUCCGAUUUGCGUUUGCCCACCCUCUCAAACAGGCGAUCCUUUUGUUAGAUGUUAUUUACCGCCACCACAAGUACCUGUGUUACCUCCUAUGCCAUGCAGGCCAAAUCCGUGCGGCCCCAACUCGCAAUGCCAACCGCGUGGCGACGAGUCUGUGUGCACGUGUUUACCCGAUUUCAUUGGCAGCCCGCCUAAUUGCAGAGCAGAGUGCGUUAGUAAUAGCGAGUGUUCUAAUCAUUUAGCCUGCAUUAAUAAGAGAUGUCAGGAUCCGUGCGUUGGUUCCUGCGGUGAAAAUGCUAAUUGUCACGUUGUCAGUCACACCCCGAUGUGUUCUUGCGUGAACGGUUACACUGGUGAUCCAUUCACGCAAUGCAUUUUGAGAGAACCUACACCAUUGCCGCCUACACCUGUUGAUCCUUGCACUCCUUCUCCUUGCGGCUCCAAUGCAGUCUGCAAGGAAUUUAACGGUGCCGGUUCGUGUACGUGCUUGCCGAAUUAUACCGGCAAUCCGUACGAAGGAUGCAGGCCAGAGUGUAUCCUAAAUUCGGAUUGCCCUGCCAAUCUGGCUUGUAUAAAUACGAAAUGUAGAGACCCAUGCCCGGGAUCGUGUGGGCGUAACGCGUUAUGCCAGGUGGUUAAUCAUUUGCCUGUAUGCAACUGUUAUCCUAGAUACACCGGCGACGCCUUCUUAUAUUGCACUCCAGUAGAAACAGAAGCAGACAUUGCCGUUAGUAAUCCUUGCCAACCAUCACCAUGUGGACCGAACAGUUUAUGUCGUGUUGUGAAUAACACGAGUGUCUGCACUUGCUUACCUGAUUUCCAGUGGGUGGCCAGUCCACCAAACUGUCGCCCUGAGUGCACUGUUAGUGUCGAAUGCGCUUUCAAUCUGGCGUGCAUCUCGUAUAAAUGUAGCGACCCUUGUCCUACAUUGUGCGGUUCUAACGCAAGAUGCGAAACCAUCAAUCAUAAUCCCAUAUGUUCGUGCCCACCUAGUUUUACCGGAGAUCCAUUCGUUGCCUGCUUUGAAACGCCACCUAAAGAUGAAGAACCCCGUCCACUUGUGAAUCCUUGUGCACCUUCACCCUGCGGACCUUAUUCAGAAUGCCGUGAUAUUAAUGGUCAAGCGUCCUGCGCUUGUUUAUCAACAUAUAUAGGAACGCCACCCAAUUGUAGGCCCGAAUGUUCAGUUAAUCCAGAAUGUCCGACUAGUCAGGCGUGUAUACAGAGAAAGUGUCGAAAUCCUUGCGAUGGAGUAUGUGGGGUAGAAGCAAUUUGUAAUGUCAUUCGUCACACACCUACAUGUUCUUGUUCCAAUGGGUUUACUGGGGAUCCAUUUAUAGUGUGUAGACCAAUUCCUGAGGAAGAUAUAGCACCCAAACCGAUGGAUCCGUGCUUAAACUGCGGUGCAAAUACACAAUGCUUUAACGGUGUAUGCAGUUGUCUUCCCGAGUAUCAAGGGAAUCCAAACUUCGGAUGUCGCCCAGAAUGUAUUUUAAAUUCGGACUGUCCGAGAGACCGAGCUUGCAUUAAGAGCAAGUGUCGAGAUCCGUGUAGUCUCGGAAUCUGCGGUGUCAAUGCCGUGUGUUCUGUCGUAAAUCAUGUACCAGUCUGCAGUUGCACACAGGGAAUGUCUGGCAACGCGUUCGUGCAGUGCUCUCCAAUAAAUGACAUUAUACCAAAAGACCCAUGUAACCCGACACCCUGUGGACCAAAUAGUCAGUGCCGAAGGAUAAAGGAGCAAGCUGUCUGCUCGUGUCUCCCUGGAUACUUGGACGCACCACCUAAUUGCCGAGCAGAAUGCACUAUUAGUUCCGACUGUCUCGCCAACAUGGCUUGCAAUAAUCAGAAAUGCAUAGAUCCCUGUCCUGGAACGUGCGGCAUCAGAGCCCAAUGUACCGUAGUUAAUCAUAAUCCGAUUUGUUCUUGUCUCUCCGAGUUGACCGGCGAUCCCUUCACUCAGUGUAUCCCAAGACCGGCAGAGCCUCCAACACCUAUUAAUCCUUGCGUUCCGUCUCCAUGUGGACUUAACAGCAAGUGCGACAUUGCGAACAAUGCAUAUUCAUGCUCUUGCUUGCCGGAGUUUGUUGGUGACCCGCCGAAUUGUAGACCCGAAUGCGUUAGCAAUAGCGAGUGUCCCACGCAGCUAGCAUGCAUCAAUCAGAAAUGUCGCGAUCCAUGUCCGGGCUCUUGUGGUAUUAAUUCUGAUUGCCGAGUGAUAAGUCACACGCCUAUGUGCGUUUGCCUUAUCGGAUUCGUAGGAGAUCCGUUUGUAUUAUGCAAUCCCAAACAAAACGACAUUAUAAAUGUUGUAAAACCAACACCCUGCAUUCCAUCGCCAUGCGGUUUUAAUGCAGUAUGCCGCGAAUCGAACGGUGUCGGUUCUUGUACAUGUCUACGAGAUUAUACAGGCAAUCCAUAUGAUGGUUGUCGACCCGAGUGCACGAUCAAUUCCGAUUGCACCGCGGAUCGAGCGUGCGUUGGAUCGAAGUGUCAGAAUCCUUGUCCAGGUUUCUGCGGGUACAAUGCAAUUUGCCAAGUAGUGAGUCACGCACCAUUGUGCACUUGUCAACCCGGAUACAGCGGUAACCCGUUCGUCUCUUGUAACAGAAUUAUGCAAGAUACGACGGUAGAACGUAAUCCAUGCAGUCCUUCUCCCUGUGGACUUAAUAGCCAGUGCCGCGAAUUAAACGGUCAAGCUGUAUGCUCUUGCUUACCCACAUUUAUCGGAACUCCGCCCAACUGUCGCGCGGAAUGCACUGUCAGCUCCGACUGUCCUGUAAAUCGUGCGUGCAAAAACCGCAAGUGCAUUGAUCCGUGCCCCGGGAUCUGUGGCAUCAAUGCGAGAUGCGAAGUGAUUAAUCAUAGUCCAAUUUGCAGUUGUAACCAAGGUUUUACCGGUGACCCCUUCGUAACGUGCUUCCAAACGCACAUAGACAAAGAUACCCCCCAGGUGUCAGAAAAUCCGUGCGUUCCAUCCCCCUGCGGCCCAUUUGCCACUUGCCGCGAUAGCGGCUACGCGGGUGUGCCGACGUGCACGUGUCUGGAAAAUUAUAUUGGUAGUCCUCCAAACUGUCGGCCAGAAUGCACCAUAGAUUCUGAGUGCGGCAGUAAUCAAGCCUGCUUGAGACAAAAAUGCCGAGAUCCAUGCCCGGGCUCGUGUGGUAUCGGUGCCCAAUGCCUUGUGGUUAAUCACAUGGCCGUCUGCCUCUGUCCAAAGGGUUACACCGGAGAUGCGUUUGCUAAUUGCUUCCCGGAACCUCCUCCUGCACCCGUACCACAAGAUCCUUGUAAUCCAUCCCCGUGCGGGGCCAACGCGGUAUGUCGCGACGGCACUUGCACCUGUCUACCGGAGUAUCGCGGUGAUCCUUACACUGCGUGUCGACCCGAAUGCGUACAAAAUCCAGACUGCCCAUUAGACAAGGCGUGCGUUCGCAAUAAGUGCUUCGACCCAUGCACCGGAGUUUGCGGACAAAAUGCAAAGUGCACAGUCAUAAAUCACACUCCAAUGUGCGCCUGCCCAGACGGAAUGUCUGGCAAUGCAUUUGCGGCAUGUUAUCCAGUUCAAGAUCAAACUGUCGUUGAGAACCCGUGUAAUCCGUCGCCCUGCGGUCCAAACAGUCGAUGCCAGAACUAUAAUAAUCAAGCAAUAUGUACGUGUAUACCUGGGUACAUAGGAAAUCCGCCAGCCUGCCGACCCGAGUGCAUAGUUAAUACCGAUUGUGCGCUGAACGAAGCUUGCAUUAAUAUGAAAUGUGGCAAUCCUUGCUUGGGUGCGUGCGGUAUAUCCGCUCGUUGCCAAGUGUUGAAUCAUAAUCCAAUCUGCACUUGCCCUCCUGUAUUCACCGGCGAUCCGUUCAUACGUUGCGUACCAAGACCGGAGGAUGUUCCAAAGCCAAUAAAUCCGUGCCAACCAUCGCCUUGUGGCCCCAAUUCUCAGUGUCAAGUCACCAAUGAUACGCCGUCGUGCUCUUGCACGGCAGAGUUUAUAGGGACGCCACCAAACUGUAGACCAGAAUGCAUUAGUAACAGCGAAUGCCCGAGCCAAAUGGCGUGUAUUAAUCGCAAGUGUAGAGAUCCAUGUCCUGGAUCUUGUCACCCUCUAGCUAAUUGCUACGUCGUUAAUCAUGUGCCCACCUGCACGUGUCGUGUUGGUUACACGGGCGAUCCAUUUGUUCAAUGCACGAUCGAACCACCGGUACAGAAACAACCUUGCCAACCGUCCCCUUGUGGAACAAAUGCCGUAUGUAGAGAACAAAACGGAGUUGGUUCUUGUACAUGCUUGCCUGAAUACGUUGGAAAUCCUUACGAAGGAUGCCGUCCCGAAUGUACCAUUUCGUCAGACUGCCCCGCGCAUUUAGCUUGUAUCGGAUCAAAAUGUCAGAAUCCAUGUCCCGGCUCAUGCGGCACCAAUACCAAUUGCCAAGUUGUCAACAAUGUUCCCGUUUGCACUUGUAUACCUGGUUACACCGGCAAUCCAUAUGUAAACUGCAUUUAUCAGGCUCUCAGCAUUCCCGAUGAGAAGCGUGAGCCAUGCAAGCCUUCCCCCUGUGGCCCCAACAGUCAAUGCGCCGAUAAUAACGGCCAAGCUAUCUGCUCCUGCUUGCCCCAGUUUAUCGGAACUCCGCCAAAUUGUAGACCGGAAUGCUUAGUAAAUGCGGAAUGCGGAUCGAACCGAGCGUGUGUAAAUCAAAAAUGUGUAGACCCAUGCAUCGGCACUUGUGGUCGUGAUGCUCAAUGCAAGGUCGUACAUCACAGUCCCAUUUGUGUCUGUGCAAGCGGCUUUACGGGCGAUCCAUUCAUCUAUUGCUUCGCAGCGCCAAUUUCGAAACCAGAAGACGCAUAUCCGAAAAAUCCAUGCUUGCCUUCACCUUGUGGCCCCAACGCCUUAUGCAGAGCCGUUGGCGAUACACCAGCGUGCAGUUGCAUGCAGAAUUACAUAGGUGUUCCACCUAAUUGCCGGCCCGAGUGCUCGAUAAAUUCAGAUUGUCCCGCUAAUAGAGCUUGCAUCAGAGAAAAAUGUAGAGAUCCUUGUCCAGGAUCAUGUGGCCUCUUGGCGCGCUGUUCAGUGAUUAAUCAUACGCCAUCCUGCGUAUGUCCUGAAGGAUAUACUGGCGAUCCUUUCGUCAGUUGCAACGUCUCACCUCAAAUACCACCUGUGCAUAUUUCAGUACCUCCUCCAGACCGAUGCAAUCCAUCACCGUGUGGUCAGAACGCUCAAUGCAACAACGGGGUUUGCACAUGCAUACGCGAAUACUUUGGAGACCCGUAUGCCGGCUGUCGACCGGAAUGCGUGAUUAACACCGAUUGUCCCCGCGAUAAGGCAUGCAUGCUCCACAAAUGUCGAGAUCCGUGCGUCGGGACGUGCGGCGUUAACGCGGAAUGCAUUGUUGUUAAUCAUUUACCCAUGUGCAGCUGUCCAAGAAAUAUGACCGGUAGUGCAUUCGUUUCAUGUACACCUCUUCAAGAUUCGGCCAUCGUGGAACAACCGUGCAAUCCAUCCCCAUGCGGCCCAAAUAGCCACUGUCGUGCGUCAAAUGGUCAGGCGAUUUGCGCGUGCAUCGCCGGAUUUAGAGGCGCCCCACCGUCCUGUAGACCAGAAUGUCUCAUAAGCACCGACUGCGCUCGCAACAGAGCCUGCAGCAAUCAAAAGUGCAUCGAUCCAUGCCUCGGUGCAUGCGGAUUAACAGCGCAAUGUAGCGUCGUGAAUCAUAAUCCCAUAUGCAGCUGUCCGUCUUUGUAUACGGGAGAUCCGUUCGUUCAAUGCGUUCGGCAACCGGAAGACCCACAGCCACCAGUAGAUCCUUGUCAACCCUCACCUUGUGGCCCAAAUGCGAUAUGUCGAGUCCUCAACGGCGCUCCAUCAUGCUCAUGCUCGCCUCAAUUUAUCGGCACUCCGCCUAGAUGUAGACCAGAGUGUAUCAGUAACAGUGAAUGCCUCAGUCAGCAGGCUUGCAUUAAUCAGAAAUGCCGUGAUCCUUGUCCGGGAUCAUGCGGUAGAAAUGCUGAAUGUAGAACCGUCAGUCAUACCCCGAUGUGCGUUUGCGCCAGUGACUUUACUGGUGAUCCAUUCAUCCAGUGUAAUCCCCGGCCGAUCGACACACCACUUGUUCCACUAAAUCCGUGCCAGCCGUCGCCAUGUGGCGCGAAUGCUAUGUGUCGCGAAAUUUCUGGCUCAGCCUCCUGCACUUGCCUGCCCGAUUUUUACGGAAAUCCGUACGAGGGUUGUAGACCUGAGUGCGUAAUUAAUUCCGAUUGUACAUCCAAUCGAGCUUGCAUAAGGAAUAGAUGUCAAGACCCUUGUCCAGGAACAUGUGGUGUCAAUGCGAUUUGCGAAGUCAUCAGUCACAUACCGGCGUGCAGCUGUCAACCGAGAUAUACCGGAGAUCCGUUCAGAUACUGCGAGCUCAUGCGAGAAAGUCCUCCGAUGCCUGUCGGUGACCCUUGUCAGCCGUCACCAUGCGGUCCGAAUAGUCGAUGCCUCAAUGUAAACGGUAAAGCCAGCUGUUCAUGCCUAUCUACCUACCAAGGAACUCCUCCCGAUUGCAGACCCGAGUGUAUCGUUAGCACAGAAUGCCCUAUGAAUCGCGCGUGCGUCAAUCAGAAAUGCGUCGAUCCAUGUCCAGGUGUGUGUGGUAUCAACGCCAAGUGCGACGCCCUGUCCCACAGCCCAUUCUGCAGUUGCGGACCCAGUCAGAUUGGAGAUCCCUUCGUUAAGUGUUUCGACAUGCCUUUAAUGCCUACACCACCGUUACAAGUCAACCCCUGCGUCCCCUCGCCCUGUGGCCCAUUCUCCACGUGUCAAGACAGAGGAGGCUAUCCGUCUUGCACGUGCAUGUCCAAUUACAUUGGAUCGCCACCUUACUGUCGCGCCGAAUGCUCAAUUAACUCUGAUUGCACCAGCAAUAAAGCUUGCAUCAGAGAAAAAUGCAGGGACCCUUGUCCUGGAUCCUGUGGUUUUAAUGCCCUGUGCACUGUAAUCAACCAUACCCCGGCUUGUAUGUGUCCCGAUGGAUACACGGGUGAUCCCUUCAGCAAUUGUUAUCUGGCGCCCAUGCAAAUUCCUACAGUAACGUCAGACCCAUGUAACCCGUCGCCAUGUGGGCUGAAUGCUGAGUGUCGUAACGGAAUCUGCACUUGUACACCUGAAUAUCGUGGCGAUCCGUAUCGAGAAUGUCGACCGGAAUGUGUGCAGAAUUCUGAUUGUCCAUUCGAUAGAGCUUGCGCAAAUAAUAAGUGCGUGGACCCCUGUGUCGGAAUUUGCGGCCAGAACGCGGAAUGUGCAGUUAUCAAUCACAUAUCCACAUGCAAUUGUGUCAAGGAUUACGAAGGCGAUCCGUUCACCCUUUGUAAACGCGUGAAACCACGCGUCAAACCUUGCGAGCCCUCCCCCUGCGGGCCCAACAGUGUUUGCCGUGAAUUCGGCGAGCAAGCCUCCUGUUCUUGCCUACCUGGUUACUUCGGAAUCCCACCAAGUUGUAGACCCGAGUGUCUCGUUAGCACCGAUUGCGAGCAGAGCAAGGCUUGCGUGAACAUGAGAUGCCGCAACCCCUGUGAAAAUGCUUGUGGCCGGAAUGCGCUAUGCGUCGUGCGAAAUCACAAUCCAAUUUGCAGGUGCCCCGUUCAGCAUUCCGGUGACCCGUUCGUCAACUGUUUCCCCAUAACAACACUGGAUGUAGAACCCACCAAGGACCCGUGUUACCCCUCACCGUGUGGAUUGAAUUCGCAGUGCGCGGUAUCCGCCGAUAAUACACCCUCCUGCUCCUGUUUGCCUACUUUCAUAGGAUCUCCACCCAAUUGUAGACCCGAAUGCCAUGUAAACAGCGAAUGUCCCACCAAUCGAGCAUGCAUUAAGCAGAAAUGUACCGACCCGUGCGUUGGACUGUGCGGAUUCAAUGCACUGUGCCAAGUUAUUUUGCACCAAGCCCGAUGCACCUGUCCCGAAUCAUACACUGGAGACCCAUUCACAGUUUGCUCUGAGAUAAUAUCAACUCCAGCACCACCAGUACCAUCUAGACCAUGCAGCCCUUCACCGUGUGGAAUCAACGCGUAUUGCCACGAGAGAUUCGACACGGCCAUUUGCGAGUGCGUGCCCAACUACAGAGGCAAUCCAUACCAAGGUUGUCAGCCUGAGUGUCUUGUGAAUACCGAUUGCGCGAAGUCACAAGCAUGCAUAAAGACAAGGUGUCAAGAUCCUUGCCCUGGCACUUGCGGUGUUGGUGCGAUUUGCACUGUGUCCAAUCAUGUCCCCAUUUGCUCGUGUCCAUUGCCGACGAUCGGAGAUGCUUUCACACUUUGCCAAGUUCCCGUGGAAGAUACUAAAGAAACGGAUCCGUGCUAUCCAUCACCGUGCGGUCCGAAUACAGUUUGCGAGAAAAUUGGCAACACAGCAAUUUGUAAAUGUUUGCCUGGAUUGCAAGGUGUUCCAACGAGUGUAACUGGUUGUCAUCCGGAAUGUGUUCUCAGUUCGGAUUGUCCGGGCGACAAAGCUUGUAUACAGAGUAAAUGCAAAGAUCCCUGCUCUCAGAAUGUGUGCGGCAGCAAGGCAGUAUGUAAGACGAUCAAUCACAGCCCACUUUGCAGCUGCCCGUCUCCGUUGAUCGGCAAUCCCUUCGAAGAAUGCUAUACAAAGAUUGAAACAAAUCCUUGCAGUCCAUCACCUUGCAAUUAUAACGGCGAGUGUAGAGUAAGAAAUGGCGUUGCGGUUUGCAUCUAUCCCGAGUGCAUCAUCAAUUCAGAUUGUCCACGCGAUAAAGCCUGCUUCUCACAAAAAUGCAGAGAUCCCUGCAUCGGCGCGUGCGGCAUCAAUUCUAUUUGUCAAACUGUUAAUCACAAGCCAAUUUGUUCUUGUCCGGUUGGAUUCACGGGCAAUGCACGAGUGCAGUGCACAAUUCCAGCCCUUGAAGAACCAAUUCCAGAGUGUACACAAAAUUCCGAGUGCUCAAAUGACAAGACUUGCUUCAAUCAAAAGUGCGUUGACCCAUGCACUCUUGAUUCUUGUGGCCUUAACAGUCGCUGCCAUGUACAAAUGCACAGAGCUGUGUGUGUUUGCAACGAUGGCUACUCCGGAUAUCCUCAGCAAUAUUGCCAUCAACUCGGUUGUCGUAGUGAUGGCGAAUGCUCAUUGAUUCAAUCUUGCAUUAACAACGAGUGCAUUGAUACCUGCCUGGUAACACAGUGCGGUAUUAACGCAUUAUGUACUGCUGACGGAUACCAUAAGACUCGUUGCUAUUGUCCUGAUGGAUAUACGGGUAAUCCUUACGAAAUAUGCGAGAGGCCUGAGUGCACUAGCGACAACGAUUGUGCUCUCUCUUUGGCCUGCCGCAACUUGAGAUGCGUCAAUCCUUGCAACUGUCCACCACCGGCAUUGUGCAAUGUCGUCAAUCAUCGACCAGUAUGUAAAUGUCCACCUGGUUACGUGGGUAAUCCUUAUACUUCGUGUCUCAUGGACCUAUUAGAACCAGACACCGAAUGUCAAGUUGAUGCUGACUGUCCUAGCAAGUUGGCAUGUUUCAAUGGUAUUUGCAAAGAUCCGUGCACAGAAACGAAACCAUGUAUUGUUAGUGCCAAAUGUAGCGUCGUAGAUACCUUACCGAUGAGAACAAUGAUCUGCGAAUGCCUACCGAACUUUGCUGGCGAUGCCACCGUUGCCUGCGUGCUAGUGGACAAACAAGUCGCAGCGAUAUGCGAGAGUGAUUUGCAAUGCACACCAGGCAUGGCCUGUCUAAACCGUAAGUGCAUCGAUCCGUGCUCUGUUAAUCCAUGUGCAGCAAAUGCAGAGUGUCGCAUUGAAAAUCAUCGCCGCAUAUGUCAGUGUCCCCACGGACAUGCCGGUGAUCCGUUCAUAAAUUGCUACGAAGAAAAUGUAGUUCUUCCGGAAUGCAGACUAAAUACCGAAUGCCCAUCUGACAAAGCGUGCAUAAAUCAACUAUGCCAAGAUCCGUGCUCCAGCAAUCGUUGUGGCCUAAACGCGGAAUGUAUCACAAUCAAUCAUCAUCCUUCUUGCCACUGCCAACACGGUUUAGCCGGUGAUCCACAAGCCCAAUGCUUCAGACCGCAAUGUAAAACGGACAACGAUUGUCCUUAUGACAAGACCUGCCGGAACGACAACUGCGUCACUCCGUGUCUCAUCGGUGACAUUGUGUGCGGUCGGGGUGCUGAGUGCAAAGCGGUGUCUCACAGAGCUCAAUGCAUCUGCCCACAAGGUACUCAAGGCGAUCCACGUGUGGCGUGCAUUUCCGCGAUCUGUCAUUAUAAUGAAGAUUGCGCCGAUCACGAGGCCUGCGACAGACUGAACAGAGUUUGCAGGCCGGUUUGCGACGACGAUGCCUGUGGCGAGGCCGCGAUUUGCGUCGCACGCGAUCAUCAGCCGAAGUGCACGUGUCCUCCGGGUACUACAGGAAAUCCAUAUAUAACAUGCAUUGGUGAACCUUCCAUUGAGCCGGAAUGCAUACAGGACAGCGAAUGCGCAUUGAAUCUCGCUUGCGUUAACACCAGAUGUCAAGACCCGUGUGUGUCCGCUGGUAUGUGCACCAGUGAACAAGAGUGCAAAGUCCUGAACACAGUACCGCUUCGUACGAUGAUCUGCUUGUGUCCACCGAACACGAUCACCGAUGUUAACGGCCAGUGCCAGCCUAUUGUAUUGGGCGACGUCCAAUGUCAUCUGGAUCAAGAUUGCGCUAACCACGAGACGUGUCUGGAUGGAAAAUGCAUAGACGCCUGUUUGACAACCCAGUGCGGCUUUAAUGCGCAAUGUAAAUCCACAUCUCACACUGGUAUUUGCUUCUGUUCUCAAGACUUCACAGGCAACGCUUACAUAGAAUGCAUAAGAGUCCCAGUCGCUCCAUUGCCAGGACCUCGACCAGAAUGCUACGCGACUAGCGAAUGUGCGUACGAUAAGCAAUGCGUAAAUUCGCUCUGUGUAAACCCAUGCGUUGCUGGCGAUCCUUGUGGCAGGAACUCUCUAUGCCAUGUCGACAAUCAUAAUCCGAUCUGCAAGUGCCCGAUCGGCUACAUUGGUGAUUCUACAACCAAAUGCAUACCACCGGAGAUCACGCCCGAGUGCGUAUCGAACAGCGAGUGCGCAGGAAACUAUGCAUGCGUCAAUAGCGCAUGCAUUAAUCCCUGCAACUGCGGACCUAACGCCAAGUGCAACGUCGUAAAUCAUUAUCCUUCUUGCGUGUGUCCUCCAGGCUACUCUGGAAACCCUCAAUUAGGAUGCUUUAAGCUCGACUGCGAAUCUGACAGCGAGUGUGACUACACAGCUACUUGUUACAACGGCCAAUGCGUGAAUCCUUGCAUCUUAGACAACAAGUGCGCCAUCAAUGCAGAAUGUUACGGCAAAAACCAUCGGUCGGCCUGUCGUUGCGGCUCAGGCUAUUAUGGCAACCCGCAGGUUCAUUGCGAGAGGGUCGAAUGCAACACCGACCACGAUUGUCCUUAUAAUCUGGCCUGCAACGAUGGCCGCUGCGUAAAUCCAUGCGCCGAGAAUUCGCCCUGCGCGCAAAACGCCGUUUGCUACGUCCAGGAUCACGUUGCGUCCUGCCGCUGCCCUGAAAACAUCCCGCUGGGAAAUCCAUUUUCUUAUUGCGAGCGGCACGUCGCGGAGGAAGUCGAGGAGCCGGAGUGCAGAGUCGACGUCGACUGUUCGGACAAGUUGGUGUGCAUCCGGGAGAAAUGCAUCGAUCCUUGCCCAGUUAUCAAGCCAUGUCUGGAGAACGCUCGUUGCGACGUUCUCGAUACGGUGCCUGUAAGAACCAUGAUCUGCACAUGCCCGGAGGGUUGGAUCACCGAUGUCGACGGUGUAUGCAGACCAAUACAACUAACGGUCAUUGGAACGUGCACGACGAACGACGAUUGCGGCGAUCGUGAGGCAUGCAUCAACAGGCAGUGUCGCAACCCCUGCAACUGCGGCACCAACACCGCUUGUUACGUGAGGAACCACAAACCGAUCUGCUCGUGUGAGCAGGGCUACCAGGGCAAUCCUGAAAUCGCCUGUCACUCCGUCGAGUGUCGGCACGACAGCCAGUGCACGCUCGACAAGACCUGCAAGAGUAACAAUUGUGUGAACCCGUGUCUGGUCGUAGACCCGUGCGGCACCAAUGCCGAGUGCUUCCCGAGCAACCACGUGGCCGACUGCCGCUGUCGCAAGGGCUACCACGGCAAUCCUCUGGAUCGGUGCCGCGUGAUCGGCUGCUACAGCAACGGCGACUGCCCGGGCGACCACUCGUGCAUCAACAUGCAAUGCAUCGAUCCCUGCAUCCAUAGCAAUCCUUGCUCAUCCCGCGCGGAAUGCAGGGUCUUGAAUCACCUGCCGAUAUGCCGCUGCCCGUCCGGCUUUACCGGAAACCCGUACAUCAAUUGCCAACCGGAAAUCAGGCCCGAGUGCAGGGAGGACAGCGACUGUCCGGACUCGCUCGCCUGUCUGAGCAACAAGUGCCAGAUUCCAUGCCCGAUUAUACAACCGUGUACCGAGCCGUCCGAGUGUCGUGUCCUGCCGACGCAUCCAAUACGCACUAUGGCAUGCGUGUGCCCGAGCGGAUACGUCAGUAGCGGCAGCGGUACUUGCCAGGCCACCAAGCCGAUCCUGAAGAUUGAGUGCACCAAGGACGACGACUGUCCGUCGGAGCGGUCCUGCGUGAACGCGAUCUGCAGGGAUCCUUGCGCGUGCGGACCCAAUGCGAUUUGCAAUGUCAUCAAUCACAAGCCGAUAUGCUCGUGCACGCUGGGAUACGACGGAAAUCCGGAUAUCUUUUGUACAAGAGUUGCAGGAUGCAGAACGGACGGCGAUUGCAGCGGUUCGCACGCGUGUGUCCAACGCAACUGCGUGCCAGCUUGCUCGCCGUCUUUGGUUUCCUGCGGCAAGAACGCUGUGUGCCACGGCAUCAAUCACAAGGCUAUUUGCGAGUGCUCGCCCGGUUUCGGUGGCAAUCCGCGGGUCUCCUGUGUCCUACUAGGAUGCAAGAGCAACUCGGACUGCCCUACCAAUAAGGCUUGCAUUAACAACCGCUGUGAAAAUCCUUGCGUACAAAACCCAUGCACCGGCAACAUGGAUUGCAACGUUUACAAUCACGUCGUGGAAUGCGCCUGCCCACCUGGCUACGUCGGUGACGUUAAGUCAGGAUGUGCUAAGGUUAAAGAAAAGUGCAAGGCGGAUAACGAAUGUCCAUCUCAGACUGCGUGCUUCAACGGACAAUGCAUCAAUCCUUGCACCAAAAUCGCACCGUGCGGUAUUAACGCCGAGUGCAAAGUCUUGGACACCAGCCCGAUCAGGACCAUGAUAUGCGAAUGUCUCCCAGGAUACCGUGGGAACGCCCUUGUCCGCUGCGACCUAGUUCCAGCGGACGUGUGCCCGGUCGGGAAAGGCCAGAUUCGCGAUGAACACGGCAAUUGUGUCUGCCCGCUUGGAUUCGGUAAGGACGCGAACGACGUUUGUAUACCCUGCCGCAAGCAGUCUAACAUGGUGAUAAACGAGGAAGGCUACUGCGUGUGCGACUUGGAAAAGGGCUUCAGCAUAGAUGAAUAUGGUCGCUGCGUGUGCCCAACGCGAUAUGGAUAUGGAAUAGACGCCAACGGAUACUGCAGACAGAUUGGUAUAAUCGAAUGCAGACGUAAUGACGAUUGCGCCGACGACAGAUACUGCGACAAAGCCACCCAUACUUGUCAAGAUCCUUGCAAAAAGCAACAGUGUGGCGUGCACGCGCUUUGCAACGCUACCAGACACCAAGCUGUCUGUAUUUGCGUCAACGGCUACUUAGGCAAUCCAUAUACCCAAUGCUACGACAGAAAGGAUGGUCGAACAGAUUUCCCUAGACCAGAAAUGGAUGUAAGCUGUUUGUCAGAUGGAGUGCAGGUCGUAAUACAUCUGCAGGAUCAAGACUUCGACGGGGUUUUAUAUGUUAAAGGACGUAGCAAAGACGAGCAAUGCAGACGAGUUGUCUCAAUACCCGCCGAAACUGAUCACAAAACAGAAACGUUCAAAGUUGCAUUUGGCAAUUGCGGACUCAUACACGUGAAUGGACAAGCCAGCUUCGUGCUCGUUAUACAGAAACAUCCAAAAUUGAUGACUUACAAGGCACAGGCUUAUCAUAUUAAAUGUAUAUAUCAAACCGGAGAACAAAACGUUACCCUCGGUUUUAACGUCUCUAUGUUGACGACUGCUGGAACAAUAGCCAACACCGGUCCACCACCUAUAUGCGUAAUGAAAAUAGUUGCGCAGAACGGAAAUGAGAUUAAUUCGGCCGAAAUUGGAGAUAAUCUAAUGCUUCAAGUAGAAGUUCAACCUUCAACUAUUUAUGGUGGAUUCGCGCGAAAUUGCGUUGCUAAAACAAUGGAAGAUAAUUUGGAGAACGAGUAUAUCGUAACCGACGAAAAUGGCUGCGCAACAGAUCCCACAAUAUUCGGGGAGUGGGAACAAAAUCCGGAGACUCAAUCGUUAAUGGCUAGCUUUAACGCGUUCAAGUUCCCCAGCAGCGAUAACAUAAGAUUCCAGUGCAAUAUACGCGUAUGCUUUGGACGCUGUCAACCUGUAAACUGUCGCGGUUACAACGCCUAUGGCCGUCGUCGCAGAGAUGUUGAUUCCGAGAUUAACGACACAUCUCUAAGCGUAUCCGAUGGCUUUGAAGGUCAACUUCGUGAAGAGAUAACUAUUCAAUCAAACUUAAUAUUCACUCUGGAAAGGAGAGAGGAGAGGUAUACAGCAGAUCCAGCUGAAGCUCCUUCAGCACAAAGAGUGGAAGAUAUCUGUGUUUCUAUGGUCGGCUUUAUCAUAGCAUUAAUAAUUACGGCACUUUUGGCACUGGUUGCCGUAGCUAUCGCUGUGUCAUGCUGGCUUAUGGCGUAUCGACGUCAGCCAAAGACUGCUGGACCACUGCCACACCCACCAGAGUUCCCAAAUCCCUUGUUCACUACUGAAUCUGUAGCUGAACCUUCUCCUGACUAUCACUUAUCAUAAGUCCCUUAGAGUAAUAUUUUAUAAAUAACAUAAUUUUUUUAUAAUUCUCGUGGAAUGCAUCUCAGACCAUUCGUCCUAUUGGUCGGCUUUGUAUUUCUGUGCACAACUCCUCCAGUGACUAUCACUUCGUCUCUUUGUACUCUCUUUUCAAGGGUUCAAACAAGUCACUAUUAUACAAGUCACGAUAUAUACAUUACUAUUUAUGGUGUUGGUUUGCUUCCAUUAUCUACUUGCGAGCAAAAACACGGGACUAUCUUUCUUUCGUGUAUCUUUUCUGUAUUAUCUUUUCUAGUCAGUGGAGGAUUUGUUAAAUAUAAUGCUAUGAAUUUAAUUCCUGUGUAAAGUCAACGAAUUAGUCUAAUAUAGCUUUCUUACUGCGAAAAUAGGUAAUUGUACAUUUUAUCCAAUAAAAUGCUAACAAAAUAUUUUUAAAA